AUGGCGGCGGCGGCGGCGGGCUCCUCGCAGCCCCAGGCCGGGGCCACCGCCGCUGCCCCUCCGGUGGCGACUGAGGAGUCGUCGGACAGCGAGCCGGAGCAAGAGCCCGGCUCCCCGCAAAAACUCAUCCGCAAGGUCUCCACGUCUGGCCAGAUCCGCCAGAAGGUGAGCGCUGUAAGGGUCGGGCCUUCAGGGGAGAGGAGGAGGAGGAGGAGGUGGUUAUGCGCUUCCCCCUCCCCUCAGCCUUCUUCCCAUCCUCCAUUUCAUUCCCACUCUCUCCUCCCCAGACCAGCCCCGGGUAAACGGCGCUGCCGUGCAGGGCCUGGGCUCUCCAGCAGCCCUUCAGCGCGUUCCCCUAACCCGGCCCUCUCGUCAGCAGCAGGGGUGGCACUUCCAUCGCCCUUUGCCCUUCCCCUCAUGGUCUAUGCCAACCCCCCUCCCCCUCCAAUGGCUACUGCGCUUUGCAGGUUUUAUUAGGGCCUUCGGCAAAAAAAAAAAAUAUGCCCGUGAUGGUGGUGGUGGGGAACCCCUCAUCCACCUCUUGCAUCCUCCCAUCUAUCCCAAUUGCUGGGUCUCCCAAUGAGGGAGGGCGAGAGGGCACACAGGUGAGCAAGGGCCAAGGCAGCAGCUGGUCCUUGUGCUGCCCUGGCAUUUCGUCCACCUGAGUGAGCAAGGUGCGGAGGUGGGGCUGGGGGAGAAGAUGCUUCUGCUCCUUCUCCUGAGCGAGCGCACCCUUCUUGAAAGGGGCAGGGGUUGGCAGCGUGCUUUGCGACACCCAGGAGGAGGGAGCCAAUAGAGGUGUGCUUGACUGCGCUUGCUCUCUGGGUAAUGCAGUGGUUGGGAUUGGGGCCCAGGGUAGUUAUGUAUCUAUGUAUUUCGUUUACGAAUGGCUUCCCGUGGAGGCGGUUUCACCACACAAUAAAAAACCAUAUACAAAACAGCUGCAUAUAUAAAAAAUAGUAUAGGCCCAGCCCUUGCUGUCACACGGAAUUGAGGGAGAAGGCAGAGGAGUGAGUAGAGGCAACUGUCCCUGCAAGGAGUCAUCACCUCAGCUUUCUUACCCGAACAUGCUGUCUCUCACUCUAUUUCUCAGUGGGUUGUGUGGUGGGCUCAGCUCUAGCCACCCAGAGAGAGAGUGUAAGUAAGGCAUUUACCUGCACGCUAUCUCUCUCUCUCUGACGUGGCAGUGAUAUCCCAAAAAUAUUUCCCAGAGGGGCUACUAAGGUGAGAGGUGACAAGGCACCGUCUCUUUCUCCUUCACUCUCCUUAUCUAGGUGGUAAGUUAAGAAGCUGCCAUGUCACCCAAAGUUAAUGCAUCCAACUUUGGUGUAGCCCAUAUGCAAAGUGUAAGCAACUAAGUGGAGUUGGUGACCGUCUCCGCUUUCUUGCCCUCCACUGGGCAGAGGUGGACUUUAAGAAAGAGUAGAAACAGUGAUCAAGGGGAGGCACAAUCUUUCUCUGGGCAACAUGGUGGUUGUGAUUAGGCUUAACAGAGGUAUCACUUGGAUAGGUGAGCAACUACUGACAUUGGUAAGGAGCAAUGGUCUCAUCUCACCUGGCUGUAAAAGGGCAGGUAAAUGAGUUAUGUGGAGGUGAGAAGUUAUGGUAAGCAGUCAUUCCAGAGAGAGAGGGUGGGGGUCUUUGCUGGCAGAUAAUGAGAAGUGAGUGCUCCUUUCAGGUGGCAGCAACUAAUGUGACCUCCAUUGUAUGCUCACCUAGCAUACAAUGGAUACCUAGUGUUCAUCCAGCCUAGCAAACAAGCAAGCUUUGUUCCCUGGUAACUGAGAAGGAAAGAAAUGGCAGGGGCUCAGGAGGAAUGAAGAAGGGGUGUCACCUCACUCUGCCUUGAUGGUAGGCCUAGUCCAGCUCAUUUCUAUUCUCUCUCUCCCUCUUCUGGGUGAUGAAGUGGAAAGGAACAGCUACUUCAGCUCUGCACCCUCUAGGUGUCUUAGGGGUCCAGUCUCUACUGCAGCUUAGAAAAAGAGCAGGUGGGUGAGCAGAGGUGGCUCCUUCUUGCAACUGUCACAUUUUUGCUUUAAGUCAUGAGUGACUCUGGGCAGAAGGGUCUGUGUGGAGGUGGAGAAGAGAAGGUGUUUCUGCAAAGAGACAAGGAGGAGGGACUCUACCUAUUCAAAGGUGAUCCAAACCUCCCAAGGGGGUUUCCUUCUGUCAGAGGAGGCAGUUCUUCCUUGGUGAGAGUUGGUCAAUUCCCGUGUUCUCUCCCAAAGUGUGUUGGGGCUUUGGCACCUUCCCGACAGCGCUGAGUCCUGAUGCUAGGCCCUAUGUCUUUGUCAUCCUUUGUAUGUGCGCGCACACACAAAUUCACCUGCUUCAUCAGGAUGCUUAGAGCUGCUUAAAUGUCCCCACUUAACCCUCCCUAGGGCUUCCUGCAGUGUCCCAUACCCAUUUUAAUUUUACUGCCACAAAAACUAUUGUUCCUUAAUGAGUUUGGAAAUUUAGAAGAGUGUUGUAUCUUGUUCUUUGAACUGUGCGUCUACAGUGCUUGCUGUGUAUCUCAUGAACAUUUCCAUUAUUCUGGCACGGGUUUGAUUAUUUUGAAUGACCAGCAGCAAUUCAGCCAGGGAAGCUUUUCCUAUUGCUGCAUCUGGUUGCCAGGAAAACCUGCAAGCACUGAAUUUCUACGUGUUGCAACAUGGUUAUGAAGCCAUACUAGGGGGAAAAAUAGAAUCUUAUUGGAAUUACCCCUGGUGUCUCUCAGAAGUCUGCAAAUAAUGGGUUAUGUUUCAAGUUGUGAACCCAGCAUUCGAAAUCCCUAUUGUUCAUCCUGGGAGCAUUUGCUGCCUGCAAAGCUUCUCGGAUGCUACUUGUAUCUUUGACGCAGUGUUAUAUGUACUUCAACUGAAAGGCUUCAUACCAUAUGGUUGCAUAGCAAUAACAGCAAAAAUGAAGGAUGAAAAAAUCAUACAUCAUACAAUGUCGUGUGACAUUGAAAUGGCUCAGCAAUGUGUUUCACAUUCAGGAGGAGAAAAACUCGGCUGGUUCACACAUAAUGCUAAACCAGGAAUGGGGAACCUAUUUCCCUCCAGAUGUCAUUGGACUGCAGCUCCCAUCAGCCCCAACUAGCAUGGCCUUUGGUCAGAGGUAAUGGAAACUGCAACAAUCCAACAGCAUGGUUUAGCACUGUGUGCAUGAUUUUGAAUUGGCUGGAGUGAAGCCUUGGGCUCACUUACCCCUCUCCCUCUGCUACAUGGAUGAACUAAGGACUUGCACAGUGUUCACGUUUCACUUUCCACUAGUAUUUCCUUGUUACAUACGAACCAUUGAUCUUGGUUUCAAACGCUGAUUUUGGUUUCUGCAGAAGCUGAUGGGCUACAGAGUAGGAGGAAAGAGGAGGCAUGGAAAUGGGGGUAGUGCCUACUGUAAGAAAUGACAGUAGAGGAAGGAUGAAAAAGGGUGUGUGCAAAGGGGGAGUUGUAGAAAAAGGAAGGAGGAGUUGACAUAGGUAUGGGAGUGAAGAUGAAAGCAGGGAUACAAAAGGGGCUGCAGAAAAGGAACGGAUGGUGGCUUCAUUACUGGGUGAAGGUAAAAAGGGUGUUUGGUAGUUAGAAUGUGUGGAGGAGGAAGACUCUGGGGUGGACUCUGGGAUAGGGGUUGCAGAAAAGGAGGGGGGGAAGCAGGCAUGGCCAUGAGAGGAAAGGUGAAAUUUGGUACAAAAUGGUACCAGAUUAGAAGUGGAAGGCUGGGAUGAUUGCUUGAUUAGGCACAAUAUUCAGCAAAUGGAAGUGUGUUAGUGAGGGAAUGGUGAGCAGAGGCCCGUAGUUAACAUAUAUUUGGAGAGAACUCUGUGGGGAAACUGUGUGUUUCAACCAAUAUUAAGUUUCUGAAUGACACAUUGUUUUCUUUAUUAAAUUAAGUCUGGAAACAGCCUUAAGUUUAAGAUAGAAAAAUCACUUCUAAUUUCUGCUGCAUUGGUCAAACUUAUGAAUAUAUAGUAUAUAUAGAUUGAUUGAUUGAUUGAUUGAUUAAUCAAACAAACAAAGAAACAAACAGGAGGAAACCUCAUAAAACAUGUAGUUAAGCCUACUAUUGACAUUGUAGUAUUAAUGCUGAAGUAUUUUCUUCUGGGGUACUGAUUUAAAGUCACUGGUAGUGACAUCAUAAACUGUUAAUUGAUUACUUGCUUUUUACCUCAGGUAGCCAAAUUCUUUGUAUAUGGAGAGCCGCUAUCUAUACUUUGGGGAAUAUGACAUUUACAAUUGGAGAAAAUUCCUGAACUUCAUCUUGUUUGAAGAUGGACAUUUGAAAUUCUGCUUCCUUAAAUGCUUUUAUCAUAUUUAAAUAGUACACUUGAAGUGACUCCCUUAGGAAUAGGAAAGGAUCCAGCAGUCUCAAAUUUGGACUCUAAGCAUUGGUGUGAGUGAGAAAAACAAAGAAUGAGCCUUUCCCAAAUUAGAACGUUUUAAUUGCAGUAAUUAGAGAUAUGACAUGGAUGGAUACGUUUUAUAUUUUGCCAUAGUUCAUAUAAGGGCAAACUCCGCUCUGAAUUCCCACUUAAUCACUUGCCAUGCUUUGCAUCAUUUCCUACGUCAAUGUGGUUGUAAAAAGCCUAAACACUCUGCUUGUGCUAUGUGAAUAUAAACAUUUUAAGUACAAGGAUUAUAAACAGAAAUUGUGUAUCGCCAUUAAGCUUCCAUUGCUUUAAUCUAACAAAAACCUCUAGCUAAGCAGUACUGGAUUCUUAAGAUAACAAUUUUAGAAUUACCAAUUGCUCUGUUUUGUGACUUGCUAUCUUAAUUAUGUAUACAUUUCUACAUUUACUUCCGCUCUAGCUUUUGAUCACCUUUUCUUUUCCAGUGAGAGAUGGAAGACAAAUGCCUGAUUAAUGUGUAUACUGUGCAUGUCAUUUUGAGGGUUUUCUUCAAAACUGACUUGGGUUGCUUCCAUGCUAGAACUCUUUAAUGCUGCUGAGGAAUUGGGUUUCUGCAAUUAGGUGGUAGUGGAAGUAAGGCAGAUUCUUCACAGCACGCAAUAUAGCAUUAUGUUAUCCAGUAUCUUGGCCAAGAUACUUCUUUAAUGUCUACUCAUAUCUAAGUUCAGCUAGCUAAGAUGCUUUACAUUGCUAAUGGCAAGCUUCGUGUUUGCUGGUUCAGACAUGUUACUGCUUUCUGGGAAGUGUGGUUUGAGGAUUAAUACUCAUUUGUUCCCUGUUUAGUUAGCCCCCACCCCCUGACGGUAAUAUGUGUUAAAUUAAUGACUUCUCUUCCAUUGUAGCUUUUUUAUCUUUUCUUUCCAUUACAGUAAAGUAUUGCUGUUUUACAAUAAUGAAAAGAAAAGAGUGGGGAAUGGUGAGAAACCACUAAUUUAAUGCACACUUUGGGAGUUGGGAAAUUGGCCAAAUGGGCAAUUCAGCACUAUUCCUGCAGCUGCACUGGCCAGGGUAGAAAUGGAAUGGGCUUGAACCUGCAGACAGGCGCUUUCUGUUUAAAGGAACAGUUACCCUUAAAAGCUCUAAUUGCAUGUUGCCUGUCCAUGAUGAACAGGCUGCUGCUGCAAAAAGAAAAAGCCACAAGUCGGGCCUGAAAAAACACUGGGCAACAACACAGAAAACAGUGGAAUGUAAUAAUCUGAGAGUGGUUUGUGAGGAUUCCCCAUAAGAAGUGAGUGGAAAAAAGAUGGCAGUUCCAGAGAAAAGGACAACCCUGAUGUUAAUUUGAGCUUUAUAGCUGCUCAGUCACAUAAGGUUGACUAUUUAAGAUAUAGGAAGGUUCAACAGGUCCUGAACAAUAAAAGAGAAAUAUGCACAUGACAGUAUGCUUCCAAUAAACCACAAGAAUAUAUUCUAAACAUAUAUUUCCACAUAGGUACCUUAGGUUUGUUCUUGCUGAUACUCUGAACAAUUACUGGCCUUGCGGAGUUUCUGGAAUUGUUAAUAGUGUUAGUUCUCAGCUAUGAAUUUAGUCUCCUAAAUCAUCCAGUGAGUUACAGUUUAAGUGCUCAUUGCAAUAAAUCUCAAGUGCUAAGGCACUGCUUUGCUUCCAUCUCAACCAUUGGCAAGAUGAUCUAAAGUGUCCUGAAGGCCUGAAACAUGGCUAGCCAGAAGAUUCUGUUUUUACUUUAGUUUCUUAUUCAUGCUCACAAAGCAAUCAAAGGUUCCUGUAAUUUAGCAGUGUGCACUAAAGAACAGGUGAUUCCUCUAGCACAGGCAUAGGCAAACUUGGCCCUCCAGAUGUUUUGGGACUACAACUGCCAUCAUCCCUAGCUAACAGGACUAGUGGUCAGGGAUGAUGGGAGUUGUAGUCCCAAAACAUCUGGAGGGCUGAGUUUGCCUAUGCCUGCUCUAGCAUAUAACAUUGCUGCUUAAGAUCCUUUUAGACUAAGCCCAAGUGACAGCCUCGCUUAGUGAUGGAAGCAGUAAACUGAAGGCAGACUGGCUGUGUUAAAGAAAACUGAGAAUCUGGAGUACAGUACUUUAAUAACAGAGUUUUGUGUGUGAGAGAGAGAUUCAGUAAAAGCAUAAUAUUGUAUUAUGCAUUAAAAGCUGUGCUAUGCCUUUAUUCCAGCAGACCUGUAGAGAGAUACAGGAUUUUGGGAGAGGUGUUAGGUGUUAUGAAACACUGAAUUUUGUAGUACAGCCUGCUUUGUAUUACUCAUACUCCUGUCUUUACUGACCUUUGCUGAUGCACAAGCUGGGCUGGAGGGAAAUGGAUCAACAAAGACUCAGAUUUUCCCAAAGAACGUUCACUUUACAAGUUGACACCCAUGGCUCUCUGUGUUUUCCAGGUUCCAGGAACCAGAAAAGCAUUUCUGUGAAUUGAUAUGAAUGUUUAGGAAAUAAUUGUACAAAGUUAGUUAUAGACACAACACUGGCUCCAUGUUGCUCCUGACUUCCCUUUAGUCAUUGGCUGAGUUUACUUAUUAUUUGGAAUAUUUACAAACUACUAAACAUUACAAAAUACCAUAGCAAAUGUAUAAUGACAAUAAAAAUAUAACAAAAUAAAUCAGAUACAACAGUUCAUGAUAACAUAAAAAGAGACCUCUGAAUCAUGCCAGUGGCUCUUCUAGUCCAGCAUCAUGUUCUCAUGGAGGCCAACCAGAUGCCAGUAGGAAAUCUGCAAGCAGGAUUGGAGCACUAGAGCACUCUCCCUGCUUGUGGUUUCUAGCAACUGGUAUUCAAAAGCAUUUCUGCCUUCACAUUUUCCAAAGGGAAAUCUGAUGCUGCCCACAAGUAUCUGGAAAAGCCUCUCAAGAAACCCUGUGGAAGUAGGAAAUAUUUUAGCAUCAACACAAUAUAUACAAUAUAUGUUGGAGCUUGUCUAACUUAAAUGGGCAAUGUGUUGCAGAAGCCAGGUUCCAUUGCAUUGAGGUUGUCAUGUUGUCACACCAUGGCUGAGAUGCAUAGAUUUGAGGCCAGGGAUCUUUUCCGUGCAGAUCACGUGUUCUGUAAGUGUGUCUUGGCUGUGGUUCAAAAUAGAGGGUAGGAUUGUAUCCUAAGCAUCAAUUACCCAUCUAGAAUGUGGGAAUAAUGAUUACUUCCCUUGCAUGGGAAGGUAAAUAUUAUGAAACAUUUAGUGCAUUAAAAUAUAUAAAUGAGAAAUGUGAAUGCAGAUUUUUAAAUAAAAUUAAACCAGUAUUAAUUAUGUUGCAUAAUAUUUUACAAUCUGCAGUAUUUUGCUGCUUUCUGGCGCUUAUGUUGUUUUAUUAAGAAGAAGUCUUAUUUACAUCAUUACUUUGUCCUAUUUUUAACAGUGCGGUUUACCUGUAGUUUGCAGUGCAACAGGACGUGGUGAGGACCAGCAGCAAUAAAGACCUUAAAAAUAGUUGCCAGCUAGCUAAAAAUAGAAAUGUGAGACAAAGUAGUUCAGACAAUAUAUUUUAUUUAAACUGCUGUAUGUGUGUUGUUGACCAGGGCUAGUAAAGCAAUGACACAUUCAGUCAUAUUUGCUCCAGAUUUUCUCAAAUGGUUCCUCUUCUGUAGAAGUGUAUUUUCAAUUCAUGAUUAGAAAGUGGAAAAAAUGACCAGAUGCAGGCAUAAUAUGAAACCGUGGUAUGUGCUAACCAUAGUCAAGUAUCCAUUGUUUGAGCUUCCAGAUGUGUAGCAGACAAACCAUGGUUGCUUGUAUGCUUGUUUCCCACUUGUUUCCCACUGGCUCAGCAUCCAGCUUCACAAGUUCACUCCUGCCUCCUUGUUGUAGCAGCCUUUUGAGGCAAAGCAAUGAUCCUAAUUGAUAUGUUAAUAGUGUAUGAAUUCAGACAUAACAACAAACCACAGAGGACCUUUUCAGUAGUCCCAUUUUCUCCCUGGUUUGUGGAAUGCUUCACCUGGUGAGACCCACCUAGUGCAGACUUUGUCAUUUUUUCAGCCCCAGGUCAAGAUGUUUCUCUACUCCCAGGUGUUUGAUGUGCUAAUGGUGGUUUCCUCAUCCAUCAACAUUAUGCAUAACAUGCACCUGCAUUAUGUGCAGCUCAAUUAAUGUUUUCAGGGCACAUUACAAUCAUUUGGAACUUGAUAUCCUUCAGAAUGGAUUCACUGACUAGUUUAAAGUGUUUUGGUGCCUCUUCAGAAGGUUAUGACAUCAACUUGCACACCUGAAAAAGAAACAUGAAAAUUUAUGUAUUUAGCAUUUAUGUUAUAUAAGAAAUAAAUAAUGAAUGCUUACAGACAGCUCACCCCAUCGUGGGGAUUCAAACCGCCAACCUUCUGAUCAGCAAGUCCUAGGCUCUGUGGUUUAGACCACAGUGCCACCUGCGUUCCUACUAACCAUGCCCUUACUACCAUAAAAAACAAACUAGUAGGGAGUUUGGGGACAGUUCAUUUCAGUUGAGGAAACAAUUCCCUAAAAUAUUCUUUGAUUUGUUCAAAUGGGCAGUAGACAGUUGUAAUAUUUUGCUGCUACAUGGGUACUCCAAUAAAAAUGCACCUAAUUUUCUGGUCUUGUGCUUUGCCACUCACUGUAGCACAAUUCCAUAAUUCCAAACUAUUUUUAACAACAGCAACAAAAAAUUAAAGCCUGCAGCACAGGGCAAGAGGCCUUACAGGAUUAGAGCCAGAACCUACACAUGUUUAUUCAGAAGUAAACACUGCUAUUUUUAGUGGAAUCUCUCCUUUCUAAUCUUAGACAUGUGGUUUGGGGAGAACAGAAUUCUCAUGUGCCUCUUGUUUUGCAGUGUCCCUCCCAUUUGAAGUUCUAAGCGCCUCAAGACAUUUACUUAUUUUACAAAAUGCGUAAUAUUAGAAUUGUGUUCUUCAGGGGAAAGGACCUGCAUUGCGGGACAAGAAACAGCUCUGUAACUGAAUCUGUAAAGUUUGUGAUAGAGAAAGGAGGGAUUUUCCCAGCAUAUCAUUUCACCUACCCCAAGGUCAGCUCCUCCCAAUGUGGCUCAAAAUUCGAAAUUUUUCUGACCACAACUGCAGAGAUGUUGCUCUUCUAUUUCACUCCUUUACUCAAAGUCAGAUUUUUUUGAUAAGAAAAAAGAUGAAUGAGCACUGGGAAAAUGUAUAUUUAUGGAAUGAUGACUGCAUCAUGUGGACCCCCUGUUAAAUAUGAGUUAACAAGCCAUAGCAAUUGCACAGUAAACGUCGUCUGGAAGCAGACAUUAUUUAUUUUUAUGUUCACAAAUGGAUUCCUCCAAACUCACAAACAACAUGGGGCUGGAUCCAGACUUGCAUUUCUGUGAACAAAAACAGAAGAGACUGAGCUUUGGUGAAGGCUCCUGCUGGAGGAAGGAGGGAAGACAACUUUCUCUUAUAGUCUAAAACUCCACCUCCCAUGCUGUUCUUGCCAGAGCAUGUUUUCAGGGGUCUGCAGAGGAAAGGGGGAAUCUGCAAAAAUUGCUUCUUCUCCAGCACAGCAUCUUGUGGAGUUCUAUCCAUAGCUAGGCUGGAUCCUGCUCAUAGUGUGCAUUCUCAUUCCUUAAUAUGGAAAAAAAUAAAUAUGGAAAUACCAAAAAAAGCUGCCACCGGAUUAAUUUCAUUUGUAGUACAUCUUCCAAGAUGUCAUCAUAUCUGAAAUCUAAUAUUUAACUUAUCUUUACCCCACUGCAAAAAGGGACAUUCUUAUCAUAAUUUCAGUUAGUAUGCUAACUGUGAGUCUCCUUUAAAGAUUAUGUGAUGCUUAGAGUAAUGAUUCCUCAUUGCCUGAAGACUUAGUGAUAGCUUGAGAAUUAGUUGAUGAGUAUAAAUCCCAUGCAGCCCCUGUCUCUUGGUUCACAUAGGCCACUAAGCUAACAGAAAGGGGAAAGAAAGCUGUUUUCAUGACUGCAGUUGAAAGCUAGUGAGGUGUAUGUAGUUGCUACAGUAUUGGACUUGGAUGUGGAAAACCCAAAUUCAGAACCACACAUGGUUACAGUGUUCAGUGGGUAACUUGGUGCAAGUUACAAUGUCUCAGCCAGUUUACUUUAAAGGGUUGUUCUGAGGACAAAGCAUAUCUCCAAGCCCCCGGGGUCCAUAAGUUUUGGCUGGUCUUGCUGGCCAAGCCAAAAAUUGUAGUCUCCAGCUCAUCCACCCUAAUUUUUUCCUGAGUGGCAGAAGCUUGGUGGUGGGGAAAAGUGUGUGCUUUUGCAUACAGCAUCCCAGAAGUGCUUUGUAGUGGCAUCCAUUCAUUAUUGAAGAUAAGGCCACUGUGGAAUGUGUGUUACUGAGUGCCAGUGCUCAAAGGUACACAGAGCACCCUCAGGUCACAGUGCCUAAUACUCCCACUCCCCACCUUUCCUGCUCCAAAGCAGGAAUACGGGAGUGGAAAGUAAUUACUGGUUUGGCCCUGUGUAGCUAAGGAUCUUCAGGAGCCUUCCCCUUGGAGGCGCAGGACAAUCCCCAGCCUUCCUUGCACCUUUGGAAAUGACAGGGAUUGCCACACAACCGCCUGAAUGAUUCCACCCACUUCUACAUCUAGGUGGAAGGCUUGCUGCUCACCAUGCAUGCCAGAGGCAGUACUUACUGAAGUAUGUUCACUUUUUAACACACUUAUUCACAACUUUGGUGUAUUCUCAGUUUCAUUUUACACAUCUAUCACACGUGUUUGAAUGGACAGGCUCUUCUUAAAACAUGGUGGUUUAGAUAUUAGUACAGUAGUCUUUUUGUUGUUGUUGACUUCAGGGUUAGUGUUUGGCUGGAAAAUGAAUAGGUUUCAGCUGUCAGUUGGAAUACAGAAUCUGCCACCCCCUUUCUACAACUCUCCCUCUUAUCACUACAAUGUUGCCUCUACAUUAGCUGGACAAGCAAAGUCCUGCAACUCAACUGGAUAUUGUUGAUAAGAUGUGUAUAGCCAGUAAUAUGUACAUGGGUCUACAAAAACCACCAGCUGAAUCAGAGCCAUCUGACUUGGUUAAGUUUAAGAUUAUCCUGAUGAUUCCUGUGCAGAUGGCAGAAAGCGGGACCUCAUGGACCUGUAAUAAUAAAAUAAAGGAAGUAACCAUAGAUCCUGGUAGAAGGCACAAAUCCCAUGCAUCCUCUGUCUUUUGGUUCACAUAGGUCACUCAGCUGCCAGCAAGGGGAAAGAAAGCAGUUUGAACAACUUUUUGCAACUACUCAUUCCUCUUUUAAGGAGUCAUUGCAUCCUUUGGGAGGGAAGUGAGGUUAUUGAAUUCCAAAUUAAUUCCUGGUAAUUGUUUUAACUUUCAGUUGACUAGUACAUGCAUUUAUUCCCAGUAAUGAUGCAGAUAAUUAAAACAUCAUUGCUUCAUAUGACUGACUGGUUGCUAUGGGAUUUAAGAAUAAAUUCCUAUAAUAAGACAGUUUAUUUUUGAGUGAGGAGGCAGAAUAAGAUUUCUCCCUUUAUCCAUUUGCUGUGGAUCACUGUUCACGUAAUAAUACAUGACCAGAUGUUGAAGAUAGAUUCUAAGUUCUUGUAAGGAUUGUAAAGGGAGGAUAAGGAAAAUGUCACGUUGCUUUCAACCGUUACCAUUUCAUCAGAUCUCAUUGCUCAGAAGCAUUCACCAGUAUCAGAAGGACUGAGCAAUAUGCUAGCUGGGAAGUGAACAUCAAGCCAAAGAAAAGCAGCAAUGCUUGAAAAAGAAAACAUGCUAUAAAGUCAUCUUGAUCUUAUCUCAAGCCCUUUCCGCCCAAACCCACCAAAGUCUUUACUAAGCUGUCUGCCUAUAAAUAGAACAGCAGCUCUCUUGCAGAGAUGGGCAGCUGUAAACUACAGGCUUUUUCUCUCCCCCAGCAGCAUCUGUGUUGUGUGAGAGGCAGCCCAACAACUAUGUCAGGUUGUUGUUGUUUUUUGCUAGCCUUUCAUGUUUAAGUCGUGUACCUAUGAGGUUCCUGUAGAUAGUCUAAUGCAGGAAAAUGCAUUGGUUUACUUUGGGGGACAAGAAUGUUGGCAGCCUUUUUGGGUGGUGUUGUUUUCUUUGAAAGAGCAUUCUUUAAAAGAGAUGGAGGAGUGCUCAUCAUUUGCACAGGUGAGUUUGUUCUGUAGGUAUGAAUUCAGUCCCUGAAUAGACUGGAAACAGGGUUGGGGUAUCAGUUCACAAAUAUAUGAAUAAAAAGAAUAGAAUGGGAAUUGAGUACAGAGCAUCAGUCUUACAAACUUGUGCUUAAACUGCAGGUUGAUUAAAUACAAAAUCAAACCAGCAGUCUGCUGGUUGAACCUGAAAUAUUUCUUUGAUCAGGAUGCGUUGGUAGGAAAGUUCCAGAAAACAAGCUAAACUGUGUAAUUUAGGAUCUGUUGUUACCCUUUGGGGGGCUGAUAUUUGUUUCUAUUUUAGUUCAUCAAAUAAUGAACCAUUCAGUUGUACUCCCAGUAGUUCUUCAAACUAUUAUUCAUGUUUACCACACAAACCUUGCCUAUAUUUAGCCUGUUUUUAAGUCUUUGGACUAUUGGAUAAUAAUUUUCAGUUGUUUCUUUAAGAGCCUCAGUGGCAUUUAUCUUCUUAUUCUGCAGACCAAGUUUGGGACUCUGCAUAAUUUCCUGAAGCCGCAUAUUCACAGGAUCUCACCAAUAAAAAUUCUCAAGAUUUCUGCCCAAUACUUUUUUUUUCUUUUCUGGAAGAUAUCCAUUUUUUCAUGGGUGUAGGGUAUGAACUAGGAGAUGUGUUCAAACCUGCCAUAGUAGUAUCUCUGUAACUUACCUGAUACCUCAUGGAACUCACAAAAUGGCAGUUCCACCUCCAGUAGCCUAUCACUUUCAUUCUUUGAUGUAGAAUCCAUCACUGCCACUUUUUCAGUUCUUUCAUUUACUUUCAGCUCAUUAUCUUUCUAGCAGUAGCAGUUUGAAGGCACAAACUCUCCUGAUCACUUAGGACUCUCCCUAAUUUUAUUUAUCGUCUUUGAUAUUGUAGAGCUCUUGUGAAACUCCUCUGCCAUGCUGUGACUGAUUUGAGACAGGUAUAGGAAAAUUAGGUAUGGUUAAGCUCAGCUGUUCUUCUGCUUCUUCCCUGUAGUGCAUCAAUUGGCUCCCUUGCUUGAGUCAUAUGCAGCUGGUUUUUUUUGUAGAGCACCUGAGCUUUGAUUGUGGCAUGCCAUUAUGUGGACUGACUUGUGGGAGGUAUUUAUGAUCCUUUUUGAUCCCUUUCAGUUUUUACUGGAGGUAGGAAGAUGGGUUUGCUGAGCCAGUGUGGUGUAGUGAUUAAGAGCAGUGGACUCGUAAUCUGGUGAACUGGGUUCGAUUCCCUGCUCCUCCACAUGCAGCUGCUGGGUGACCUUGGGCUAGUCACACGUCUUUGAAGUCUCUCAGCCUCACUCACCUCACAGAGUGUUUGUUGUGGGGGAGGAAGGGAAAGGAGAUUGUUAGUCGCUUUGAGACUCCUUAGGAUAGUGAUAAAGUGGGAUAUCAAAUCCAAACUACUACUACUACUACUACUACUACUACUACUCUUCUUCUUCUUCUUCUUCUUCUUCUUCUUCUUCUUCUUCUUCUUCUUCAAUUUUCGGAUUUCUGCUUUGCGAGGUGCUGAAGUAUCAAUUCCUGAGGCUGUGGGGGAUGGAGGCAGAACCUUUCUGUAUGGAAACCAUGCUUUGAUACACUUUAUUUAUUUAACCCAAUUAUUAUGCUAAAACGUUUUGAGGACUCCAGUGAUUUUAUUUAUUUAUACAAAAUAUAUUGUCCACUCUUUGUUAAAAUAAUCCCAGAGCAGGUUAUAAUAUAAAAGUAAAUACAUAAUACACAAGGAUUGAUAUCUAACAUUAGUUACAUUCAAAGUAGAGUCACUGAAAUCAGUGAACUUAAAUCCAUUGAUUUCAGCAGAACUGCUCUGAGUAUGACUUAGUUGGAUAUUGCUUUAUAAAAGUAUAGCAUUAUAAUGAAAUACAGUAGUUCAGUAAAUCAAGGAGGGCAAGCUGCCCAGCUCCAAAUCCAGUUUAGCUACAGGCUGGAUGGAUAAAUGAGUUGUUAACUGACACUGAAAACCUAUUUGGGUUGGUGUGGUACCUUUACCUUAGUCAAAUAUGUGAGAGGAGAGCAUUCCACAGUCAAGGUGCCAAUAUUGAGUGAUUCCAUCCUCCAGAAAUUAUUGGUUCUAUCUUCCUAUAUUAUUUCAGAAUUUACUUGUCUGCAAAUUGUUUUGUAUUUAUCUCUGUAAAGUGUGUGGUAAGUGUGUUGUACCAAACCUUUCCUAUUUCCUCACUGUAUAUCUGUUGAAUCUCACUGAAAGUCAUAGGAAAACAGUAAAAAUUUCUCUCGCAAUUUCACUUUAUAGUUCAGGUCAUUCUGAUUUUGAAGAGAGAAGUUCCAUGCUAGGCCAAGAUGACAUUUUUUGGCAUAUAGCAUUUUGCUGAUGAACAGCAGUUUGGCAAAGGAAAAUAUGAAAAAGCAUAAAUAAAUGCAAGUGUUAGGGAGGGGGCAGGCACUUUAAGUUAAGACAUCCUACGAUUGCAAAUAGACAUUUGCCUAAUAAUCUGUGGUGAACAGGAAUUUCCUCUGACCAGCUAGGAAGGAAAGCUUUUGCAAGUUGGAAAAAACUUGACUUUUGAUUUCUAACAAGUAACUAACAAAGGUUUUGGGGGGCAAUCUGACUUUUCAGCAGACUUAGCUACUUCAGCUUUUAAUAUCUCUUGAAGAAUUUUCAAAUCACUCAAGUGGGAUGUUAAGUUAGUAGGGACUAUAUAACAAGGUUAUUAUUGUAUCUUGAUUGUCAUACUGGCUUCCAGUGAAUACCUUUAAGAACACUGCUGUGCUCUAUAUACAGUAUGUUGCUUUUGUAGCCUUUGGUUACAGAACGACCUAACGGACAGCUUUAUGAUAUCCCUGCAGCAGUUUCUCCUAAUGAUGUUUUCCUACAUUGAACUACUUGAAGUACUUGUAGAUGAUGCUUUCCUUGGAAAAGGGGCGUAUUAAAUGGAGCAUUAAAACCCCAUAUUAUGACACUUGCUACUGGCAGGAGCUAUGUAUUUGUAGUGAAUUAAAGCUCUAACCUUUGCUUUCGUUUUGUAGUCCUUCAGUUAUUGUUAAGAUUCUGUGUUGGUAGCAUUUUAAUGUAUCUUUUGGUAUUUAUUACGUUCUUCAGCUGGGUUAACAAAUGUGUAUCAUAAAGAGCAACUAAAUGAAUGUCAGCUAAACAUAGCCUUGUAGCCUGGAUAUGCAUAUUAUGUGAAUGAUAGUGUGUGGGGCUAGAUGUGGAGCAGUGAGAAAAUGUCCAGAACUGUGUGUAGACAGACUUGGCACUUUAGCCUUGGGAAAUGGCAGCCAGCCAGCCAGUAAGCAGUGAGUCAGAGCCAAGGGUAUCUGAAAAAAAAUACCAAAUAUAAAAGCUGGAAGGAUUAUUCCUGUCUUUUUAUUACUGCCCUCCACACUCCCUUAAAUAUGCAGACCGUUUCCUGUGGUAGUCAGAUGCUGAUAGCUUUACAGGAGACAGGCUCCUGUGUGCUCACUUUAGUCAAACAGGUGAGAUCAGAGCCGUAAUUGGACAGGACAGAGCUCUGACUUCAGACACUGAGGUUUUUCUUAAGAUGUUUGCUGUAUCUUCAUCAAAGCUUGAUAAGAUCACCUUGACUAGUUUGAAGAAUUGUAUCCUUCUCACACCAAGAUAAUAUCUCUCUCACACAGGAAAGGAAUCUCUUCACUGUGUGUUUGACUGUUGUUUAUUGCACUUGGGUAUAGAUAAGAUCAGCAGCUCAGUUUUAUGAAUGUGUUGGAUAUUUCCAGCAGAGGGCAGUCAAACAAUAAAGAAUAUUGAUAUCAAAGCCAGUACUUUCCUUCUUUUUGUGGUUGGGGAGGGGUAAAAUCAGAAAAAUUUGCUGUUCAUAAAGAAAUGCUUCAUGAGUGCAGAGGAGGGUGACCAAGGUGAUCAAAGGGCUGGAAACUAAGCCCUAUGAGGAACAGUUGAGGAGGCUGGGUAGCCUGGAAAAGAGGAGACUGAUAGGAGAUAGAUAUCCAUCUUCACAUAUCUAAAGGGCUCUCACAUGGCAGAUGGAGCAAGCUUGUUUUCUCCUGCUCCAGAGGCUAGGACCCAAACCAGUGGAUUCAAGUUACAAGAAAGAGGGUUCCAACUAAACAUCAGGAAGAACCUUCUGACGGUAAGAGCUGUUCAGCAGUGGAAUGGACUCCCUUGUAAGAUGGUAGACUCUCUUUCAUUAAAGGUUUUUAGGCAGAGGUUGGCUGGCCCUAUGUCCUGGAUGCUUUGCUUGAGAUCCCUACUUUUCAGGGAGUUGGACAAGAUGAUGACCCUUGGGGUCCCUUCUAACUCUACAAUUCUUUGAUUCUAUGACUUGAUAUUUUCUUGACUUCUAGACUAUUAUAAAAGAGGGCAUGCUGAUGAAACAGACCAGCUCAUUUCAGCGCUGGAAGAGACGUUACUUCAAAUUGCGAGGACGAACUCUAUACUAUGCCAAAACAGCAAAGGUAUGUGGCUGUCCAUGAAAUUAUGGGAGGGUAGUAAGGAAUAGGACUCAUCCAGUUUGUAUGACUACAGCACAAGGGUUACUAGCUACUAAGAGUGCUUACUCUCACAAACCUGCUACUUAGGAGUUCAGGGAAGUUUUUAAUGUAUGACAUAUUAGUGUAUUUUUGGUAUUUGUGGAAGCCGCCCAGAGUGGCUGGGGAAACCCAGCCAGAUGGGCGGGGUACAAAUAAUAAAUUAUUAUUAUUAUUAUUAUUAUUAUUUAUUUAUUAGGAGUUCAUAAUUGUUGCUUUACUUUGGUAAAACUAUUAACUAUUCUAAAAUAGGAACUGGUUAUCCCUUACUUAAGUACUGAUAGAUUGUUUUUCUUUGUGUCCAUGAGGGCUAGAAACACAGGAAGCUGCCUUAUACAGAGUCAAGUCAUUGGACUCAUUGGACUAUCUAGCUUUGUGUUGUCUACACUGACAGGCAGCAGAUGAAGUCUCUCUCAGACCUACUUGGAGAUGUUGGGGAUGGAGCCUGGGUCCUUCUGAAUGCAAAGCAGAUGCUUUACCGCUGAGCAGAACAUUGAUGCCAAAAUUAUUACAAAGAUAUGAUUAAAUAAUAAAAACUGGCAUCACAUUUCUAUAUGUAGUAGAAGUUCUACAUAUAUUAAAGGGGGCCUAUAUUGCUAAGAGCGAAAGGAGGCUGGAUCUCCCCAAAGUUUUUUUCUACAUAACAUUGGUUGACACUGAUCCUAACACCCAUAGGAUCAGAAAGGAUAGGUGUCUCUUGUGACUGGAUAGUGAAAGCACUUGAUAUACUGUACAUGGAUUUCACUGAGAAAGUUAGUACUCAAAAGAGCCUCAGCCAAAACUAUGUAUACCAAGUGUGUCCAUUACCAAGCCCAAGGAUCAUUUUGCUGCUUUCUCUCUUGUUUUAUUUUCUGCCCCUUGCUUUUAUCUUCUCAGCAGAGAUCCUCAAUAGCAGAGGAUUAGGGUGAGGAUUAGGAUUCAGCCAGAAGGAGAUUUUCCCUGCUCCCUCCCUUGGUAGGUCAUAUUGACUCACCUGUCAAGCACCUGAUGUUACUGUUAUGUCAGGUCACCUGCUUCUCCUUUGCAGUGUGACUUGAGUUCAAGCCAGGAUGCAAGGAAAAAGGUUCAUUUGCACAUGCAGGUUGGGUUUAAGCCAUGUUUACAAAGAAGCCCUUCUUGCAAGUAGGGGUUGCCUGCGUGUUUGGCACCAAGGGCUGCUUGUGUUUGGCACCAAAUUUAAAAGGUGUUGAAUGCAAACUCUGCUUGCCAACAAACUGUCAGGAGCACAUUUGAAGGCUCGCCAUUGGUCUACUUCAGCUGUGUCUUUACCUGUCUCACACCUAACAUCAUAUAUGUCUAAUGGGGAACAGGUGAUUGUGCCUUUGAGAAUACGGCCUCACAGGCCAAAUCAGGAUGCUUGCCCAGGCCUAAUUUGACCCAUGGGGUGGAGGCUCCCCAUGCUUGAAAUAGACAUCUCCUAAAAUGCCCCCAGAUCAAAAAUUACAUAGCCAAUUUAAUUUAAUUUUAAUCAAUGGGCUUCUUUGUACAGUGGUACCUCGGGUUAAGUACUUAAUUCGUUCCGGGGGUCUGUUCUUAACCUGAAACUGUUCUUAACCUGAAGCACCACUUUAGCUAAUGGGGCCUCCUGCUGCUGCUGCCGCGCCGCCGGAGCACGAUUUCUGUUCUCAUCCUGAAGCAAAGUUCUUAACCCGAGGUACUAUUUCUGGGUUAGUGGAGUCUGUAACCUGAAGCGUAUGUAACCUGAAGUGUAUGUAACCCGAGGUACCACUGUACUUAAAAGCAUCUGGCAGAUGCUUAUUUCUGGAGUUCCUGUGGAAUAAUGAAUAGUUAUUUCUUCAAUUUCUUGCCCACCAUGCACCACAGGGUCCCAGGGUGGGUUACGGCUACUUAAAAAUGCAAUAUUAAAAUCAGUUUAAAACUAUAUAUAUAAUGAGGUCAGAGGUCAGGGUAAAAAGGUGCACCUUCACUGUGCAAUUUGGGAAGUGCAGGAGGCCCUCCAGUUUAGAGGGAUGGCUAGUCAUGUCAGGAAUUCCCCAUACGGCAGUGGCUUGACAGGGAAAUGGAGUGUUAUGGGUUGCCUCUAUGGGAGAUGCUGUGCAAAUUCUUCGCCUUGCCCUCAUCCACACACAGCAUGCAGGAUUUUGAGGAAGCUCCGAUUGUUUGUCUUGCAGAAUCCAUCUUAUUCUUUGCCAGCACUAACCACCAGAGGCAGUUCUUUUAACCCUUCAUUAUAUAUAUUUGAUUUGUAGCAGUUAUGAAAUAAACAAACAACCUAAUUGAAGUUUUACAUUUAUUUUUCCUUUUCCCAGUCAAUCAUUUUUGAUGAGGUGGAUCUGACAGAUGCCAGCGUGGCAGAAUCCAGCACUAAAAAUGUCAACAACAGCUUCACGGUAGGAUUACUCAUCACUUUGUGGAAUGAAAUUAUAAAAGUAUCUCAGUUCUAUUCACAAUAAUUCCAUUGUUGAUAAAGUAAAAGUGAAUUUUAGGCACUAUUCAAAUAAUAUACAAAUCUGUUAUGGGCAAAUAUUAUUGGAGUGAAUAGGAGAUAGUGGGAGCAAGUGGCAUUGAUAUUGAUGUUUGCCUCCUAUGUGCAGAAUGGGAGCACGGGGUAGCAUUUCAGGAAAAACGGGAAGAUUUUCCCUGUGCAACAUCUUUUCCCAGCUAAUUUUCCCAAUUUUAAUCAAUAAACACUUAGACUUGAUGGUAGGGAAAGUGGUUAGGACAGAGAGUUGUAAAGAAAAAAAUAGUAGAUGAGCCAGGGUCAAGUACACACCUGUUGUUUCUCCCCUGGAAAUUACUUGGGGCCCCCACUUUGUACAUGGGAGCUGGAAUUCUGUGUGUGCCACUGAAUGUUCUGGUUCAGGUGCAACGCUAAACCACAUUUUAGUAUUGCAAAAAUGAGUUCAGGUCAAUGGCUAGUGAAAGCAAGCUUAACCUCAAACCAUCAUUUAUGAAAAUGGCUUAUUUUACCUAACUAGUAAAAAUUACUAUCGUUUAGGAUUUGGACACACUAUAACUGGAAAGUCAAAAGUGAAAGCUUUCAACCGCCUUGUGGCCAUGUCAGAGGAGUGAGGAGGGCUAAGCUCAUUUUCACGAUAAUAAACCAUGCUUUAGUGCUAGUCAUGAAUUCCAUAUAGACAGACAUGAAUUCCAAAGAAUUUUACAUAAUACUUUUUGCAUGUUGAUUGUGACAUUUCAGAUGAUUUUAUGUGAGAUGAAAAGAGUUAAAAGCUUGGCCAAAAUGUACCAAUAUUCACUUCUGUAAGAGGACAGCAUCAUUUCCUGUUGCAGCAAAUAUUGGAUGGAUCUUCUUGGGUUGUGCAAGAGACAGAAAUAAAUUGACAUAGCAAUCCCAUUUGGCCAUAACCUCUGGGAGUUUCUUGGUGUCCACAGAUAGACAAAUGUAAGCAGCAAAAGCUAGAAAAAGAGAAGGUACUUGAAUUUUUCCAGCCAGUUCAAUAUGGUCAUAUUGUUAGUUUCCAUUUAUGCUGGCAGGAAAUUGGUUUAGUUUAUUCUGUUUUUAUCUCUGCCGCAUUUGAAUGUUCUGCAUGCCUUUGGGAUCUGUGCAGUAUAUAUGUAUUUUAAAGGAUGAUGGAUGGAACUAUUUUUAUAGUAUGUAGAAUUUUGGAGGUUCAUAGACCAAAGUAUAUUGUAAGAAUACUUAAAAGAUAGUUUAUUCAAGUUAAAGGCCUAUUUUUCUAUAAUCCUGUGGUAGACCAUGGCAUUGUGCAUUUGUAUUGUUAGUAUAUUUUGUUGGUUAACUGUGACACCAAAGCUGAUGCACACCUGGAAGACAUGUCCAGAGCACAUCUGGUUCAAGUCUAUAGAACCAAUUGCAGUUGCUGUAGCCUGAUUAUAUGGAUAGGGUGGCCAUUUUGGGUUUUGAAAUCUAGCAUAGAGCAGUUGACUACAGGGUGGCUCCAGGGGAUGGGGAAUAACCUCAUGGAGGGAGAGCGUGAGCCAGCAUGGUGUAGUGGUUAAGAGCGGUGGACUCAUAAUCUGGUGAACCUGGUUUGCAUCUCCGCUCCUCCACAUGCAGCUGCUGGGUGACCUUGGGCUAGUCACACUUCUUUGAAGUCUCUCAGUCUCACCUCACAGAGUGUUUGUUGUGGGGGAGGAAGGGAAAGGAGAUUGUUAGCCGCUUUGAGAUUCCUUAAGGGGAGUGAAAGGUGGGAUAUCAAGUCCAAACUCCUCCUCCUCUUCUUCCUCUUCCUAUUUGAGGGAAGCAUGCAAGACUAGUUGGAUAACUACUGCUAGUUGAUAACAUUCCUUUUAGGGCCAGCUUAGCAAUAUAAAAUUUCCCCCCAAAAUGGAGCUUUUAUGGGGGGGGAAGAAUAAAAAAAUGCAAUACUGUACUCUUUACAUACGGAAAGUCACUUUGUUACUUUAGGAACAUAAAAUGCAUUAGUUUAGCAUGGAAUUAUCUCUCGUAUAUUAAAUGUUCAUUUUAUUCAGACGAUAUUUACAAAUUCUUUUUCUAAGUUAUCACUAUCACUUCCUGCUUCUUCAUAUUUCUCAUCAUAUUGUUCACCCGUGUUGUAAAAAGCUUCUACCAUUUCAGAUUGAUUUAUUAUUUGUUUAUAAAAAUAUUUAGACUGCUGUGUUGCCAAUAUGGGGAUGAUACUCACCUCUAUCACUCUUUUAUAUGCCAUUCAGGAGAGGUUGUGUAGGUGCUGGAUCAUGUCUGCAGGUAGUGAUGGGCUGGAUGAAGGCCAAUACACUGAAGUUCAUGGAACUCACAAGUGAAAUUAAACAGCUCUCAAUUUUGGCCAUUGUUACACAUCAUGUUAAAACAUAUUUAUUCAUCCAGACCCAUGGGGUCACAAAGAGUCGGACACGACUAAACGACUAAACAACAACAAAAGAGCAUUAAUUGGCACCAUGUUGGGUUCUCCAGAACUCUACAUCGAUAUUAAAAGUAAUUUCUAGUGUUAAUUUUGGAAUUGGUAGAAUAUUCUUAUUGAGCUACUUCUGCAUUGCUGUUCAUGGGACUCUCUUAGAAGUAAUUGUUUGUGGAGAGAAAGGGAAAAGUUAACCAAGUUUACUUUUUUUCUUGACUGGUGAGCUUAUCAAAAUAAAUUAGAACACUGGAUUUCAGCUUCAUAGGGCAUGCUAAACAGAUAUUGUCCCUUGGGCUCAGAGACUGAAUUCUCAGGUGGGGUUGUACUAUAGCCUAGAUGGCACCCAUGGAACAUCAGCCUCAGACUGCUUGGGUUGCUCAUGAUGAAGGAUCCUUGAGAUGCAAUGUGCCAGGAGUCUUUGUUAAAACAUCACCCCUCCUAGAUUCUGGAAGCUGAAUGCUGUCUUAGUGAAUCCACUUGACUGGGAUGUUUUCUAACUAUUAAUACUGUGGCAAUUGUGUUUUUUUAUUAUGAUAGAAAUGUGUUAUACUGCUAGCUUAUUGAUUAUGGGGUGUUGGCAGCAGUUUUAUGCUUUGUAUAGUUGAUAUCCUAAUUAUAUCGCAAAAGUUACACUAAGAAAGGUGGCAUAUAAAUAUGUUUAAAUAACUAAAAUAAAGGCCAUUCUUAGAUUUCUUUAGCAGGGGGUUUUGAAGUUACUUAGGUGAUGUGAUUUAUGAAGAUCCUCUUCACCCAUGAAGCAAUAAAGGAAAGGAAAGGUGAUCACUUCUGUGAUUUAUGUACUUCAUCCCUUCCACCUUUGGCAGUACUCUUGAUCUUUCAUCUUUGCAUUACUCUGCUGUCAUAUCCUGCCCGUGAGCAGAAUUCUACCAAUUCUGGUGCCUUCAUUAUACACCUUUAGGUGCCAGGCAAAAGCGUUCCUUUUUAACCAGGCCUUAAAAUCAGGCCGUCUGCUUGACAUCCUAUGCCCUUUUAAAAUGUGGCUCUUUUUUUGGGGGGGGGGCUGUUAUUGGGUUGUUGUUUUUAUUUUGAUUAUAUAUAUUGUGGUUUUUAUGUUGAUCUUUUCUGUGAACCACCCUGAGACCUCUGGGUAUAGGGCAGUAUAUAAAUUCAAUAAAUAAUAAUAAUACCACCCUCAGUCAUCUGGAAGUGUCUUGUUAACUCAAAAUACUCCACCUUUUCUCUUUUGCUCCUUCUUAUAAACUGUUUCCCAGAACACCUGUGUGGUGCUGCCGUGCUUUUUUCCUUCAAAUCUUUCCUCAGAACCCACUAUCCCCCUGAAACCUCUGGCACAAUCUGCAAUUCCUCAUUCCCUAGUAAAACUAAGGCUAAAUGUGUCAAAUUGAAUUGAACAUACUUCCUUCCCAUUUAUCCUCCACUUCAUCUGUUGUCUCCUCUAUGUGGACUUUUAGAGUGAUAGUUAUUAUAAUGGGACAGCGAAGGUAACAAGGACUUAAUUCAUUUAAGAAGUAACAUGUAGUUAGGUUUCAUUUCAUUUGGCACUGAUGUAAGUUAAAGGCUUCACAGAAGUUGUGACUCUUGAACUGGGAUUUAAAGUGAGAAGUAGCACCACAUAAGUGUUCUGGGUAAGGAGUUCUAGUUAAAAGAGGCCGCAUGGAGGAAUGGGCAGAGUUUGUUUAAGAGAACAGGAGACCUUUGUGCAGCUAAAUAUAUUUCCAGCUAUAAGAUAUUUUUAAGCACCUGCUACAAAUAGUGGGUGAACCAGAUGAUCAUUUAAUCCAGCAUCAGAUCCUCAUCUGAAAUAAUCAUUUUUGGCGAUCACUCUAAAAUAUGAUUCCUUCAAAAUAAUUCAGCAAAACAUACUGUCUGGAAUGCAGUUUACUCUCCAUUAUAAACUAUUUUAAAACAACAUCAAUUUCACAUUGACAUUCUCUGAUGUUGGAGAUUAUGUAGGAGAAAGUUCCCAGAUAAAAACUGAGACAUGUAGUAAGUGAGUGGGCAGGAUAGUUUGCUUGGUACUCCUGUGCUAUUUGGAGUUUGCAUAUGCAUGGCAUGCAGCAGAUCUGUCAAUAAUCAUAAUUCUUACCUUAGACCUAUUCUCUAAAUACUGAGUUGGUGAAGAGGUGGAGUUCAGACUCCUGGAGACUUCCAUACACCCUCUUGAGUUAGGAAGUGCCUCUUAGCUCUACCGCAGACCGGAAACAGCAUGUUUUCACAGUCAGUGCCUGUCUCCUGAGUUUGCUGCCAGUAGGAGCAAAUCUGUCCCUGCUCCUCCUUAAGCAGACAGCUAAUCAGCUUCUGGGGAGUUGCACAGAAUUCCUCAAAAUUGGCUGAAUGCAGGAAUAAUCCUAUUAAUACCUGCAUCAAAUUCUGAGGAACUUGCUCAUUGUGAAGAAGAGAUAUAGAUGAGGACAGACAUGUGGAUUAGAAAAAUACUGUGUGUGAGAUGGUAACAAACAAGUCGAGAGAAGUGGACUGAAAGUACUGCACCAGACGCUGCUGAAGACUGCAUCUGCUCUUUAUUAUUAGAAACCAUCAGAAAUUCAGAUACUUUAGAGUAAGUUGAUCAGGCUCUUUCUGACUCUUUUCUGUUUAUUUGUAGUUGGUUAAUAAUAGAGACACAUUUCACUCUUCUGUACAGUUGCAUAAGUAAAUGUUUUUAUGGGCUGAAAGUACACAGGAACAGACCUUGCUGCCCGAGGUAAAAUUAGAAAUGUUGUCAUAUUUUCCAGCACAGGAAGGUUGUAGAUUUGGGGUUUGGUGGUCUCUCAUAAUGUAACACUGGUUAUGCAGUGUUAUUUGUUUCUUCUCUCAUACAGAUGAGAUAAAGUUGAAGAGUUGUUUUUAUAGAUUUAGAGGUGUAUGAAAGUAUCUAUAAAAUAGCAGAGUCUUGGGGAUGAGAGAGCUUCCUCAUUUGUGGAAAGAAGUGUAAGUAAAAACAUGUGGCUGUUGUUUUCUCUCAGAAUUUUCUCAUUAGAGUUGGACCUGCUCUGGAAUUGCUCUCCCUUGCUUUCUUCUUGCAGGCUUCCCAUUAUCUUCAAUCUAGUAAACAAAAUGUCUGCCACAGUCUUAGUGGUGCUAGAAGUGGGUAUAUCUGCCUUGCAAGUAAAUAUCUGCUUCCUUACUUGAAACUGAAGCUGUACUUUGACAUGCUGUGUCCCGUCCCUUGUUUCCCUCCCCCACGAGGCUAGUGGGUGAGUACAUCGUACUUCACUCUCUGAGAGUGCAAUCCUAUGCAUGUUUACUUGACCGUAAUCCCAAGUAAACAAUGGGCCUUACUCCCUGGUAAGUAUGUACAGUGGUACCUCGGGUUAAGUACUUAAUUUGUUCUGGAGGUCUGUUCUUAACCUAAAACUGUUCUUAACCUGAAGCACCACUUUAGCUAAUGGGGCCUCCUGCUGCUGCCGCACCGCCAGAGCACGAUUUCUGUUCUCAUCCUGAAGCAAAGUUCUAAACCCGAGGUACUAUUUCUGGGUUAGCGGAGUCUGUAACCUGAAGCGUAUGUAACCCGAGGUACCACUGUAUAGGUCUGCAGCCUGAGUUUUCUGGAAGUACCUGAUCCUGUAGCAUUGUGUUAAUAAUGCAUUAGUGGCAGAAAAGAAGUCAAAAUCAGUGGUUGCUUAUUUGUUCAAAAAUGUUAAGUACGUUACCUUUUUAAAAAUAAACCUGAAGGCAUACAGAUAUCUUUGUUACUGUUUGUUUGCUAUAAGUCUGACUUAGUUUUAAAGAUUUUUCUGCUUUAAAUAUAGGGUGUGCUAUGUGCCUUGCUACACUCACUGGGACUUAAAGAACUGUCAUGUCUCACCUCAGUCUCUCCCUGUGAGAGUAAGGUAAAAAAGGUAAACGACCCCUGGAUGCGUAAGUCCAGUGAAAGACAGCUAUGGGGUGCGGUGCCCAACUCAUCUUCAGGCUGAGGGAGCCAGCAUUUGUCCACAGACAACUUUCCAGGUCAUGUGGCCAGCAUGACUAAACCGCUUCUGGUGCGACGCAACACAGUGUCAAAUGCCGUUUACCUUCCCGCCCUAUUUAUCUACUUGCGGGUGGCACUGUGGUCUAAACUACUGAGCCUCUUAGGCUUGCGGAUUGGAAGGUCAACUAUUCGAAUCCGCGCAAUGGGGUGAGCUCCUGUUGCUCUGUCCCAACUUCUGCCAACCUAGCAGUUCGAAAGUACACCAAUGCAAGUAGAUAAAUAGGUACUGCUGCGGCAGGAAAGUAAACACUGUUUCUGUGCUCUCUGGCUUCCAUUAUGGUGUUCUGUCAUACCAGAGGCGGUUUAGUCAUGCUGGCCACAGGACCUGGAAAGCUGUCUGUGGACAAACACCGGCUCCCUCAGCCUGAAAGCGAGAUGAGCACCUCACCCCAUAGUUGCCUUUGACUGGACUUAACUGUCCAGGGGUUGUUUACCUCUUACCGUAUGAGAGUAUACUCUGGGCUUUUAACAAUUUGCUGUAGGAAAAUAUUUGUAUAUUUGCAGAAAGGCAAUGACAUUGCAUUUUGGGGGGCUUGGUUAUCCUGGAGAUCAAAGUGGGCUCAGGGCAUCUUAGAAUACCACUGAUAUCCUAGCCCACAACUUCUAAGGAUAAAUGCCAACUGAAUGUGGGUGGAGCUGGACCCUUUAAGACAGAGCCAGGCACUGAGGUAUGCAUGGGAAUAGGGAAUGGGAUGGUGUGAAACAGUCUGUGAAUGGGGUAGACCAUUGUGUUGUCAGACAGGAGCAGGUCUACCAGUUUGUGACUCCAGCUGUAAAGUGCUGUGGCAAGAUAUAUGAGAACACAUCUAGUCCUCAAAAGAUACAUGGAGGAAGAAAGGUCUUGCUUAGCCAUUCACUCUCUAUAAGGUGCUUCACCCCCUUACCUGUCACCAAUGGCACUCAAGUAUAAAUCUGGACCAGAAUUUGCUUGCCUCAGUAUGCCCAAAUCUCACUGCAGCAAUGAAAGCAAUCCCAACAUUCAUCAAGUGGGGGAGAUGAUAAGAGUUGUAACAUGUGAUAGAAUAAUAGUCCUCCAUUAUUACCAAACACUUGGGAACCCACCCACUUCCAUAGUAUGCAGUUUGCCCUAUUUUAAUAUAAGUGGAAUUCCUGCCAGAAUACUAAAUUCUUUAUUCUAGCUGUUGCCAUUCAACUGAAAUCCUUCAGUCUGCCCACAUCCUGUACACCACCAAAGACUAAUGCACAUUCCAAUACCUGUAUGUUUGCCAACAGGGAGGGGCGUGCAUUUUUACUUCCUGCAGAAUUACCACUCCGGCCUACAGAGCCAGUCAAUCUCAACAGCAUUUAGCUGACUUCCAUAUUCUGUAGGAAAAGAAGGAAACACACCCACACCAUUGAAGCACUACCCCCUGAGCUUGAGUUUCCUACCUCAUCCCCUGCAAAAUCUGCUAAGAGGCCAAUCAGUAGUCCUUGACUUGGUAAGUUACCCACUUAAUAAUCUUGAAAAUGUAUAGUCCCUGGGCAGUAUAGGGAGAAAUCUGAGAGAAACAAAUUUUGGAAACAGGCUGAGCCCAAAGCUAUACUGGUACCUAUAACCACUUGUUGUAAUAUAUGGAGAAAAUACAUUCUUAAAAUAUACCUGCUAAGAAGUAGGGAUCAGUGGUAUAUAUCACUUGAUCUGGUGGCUACUAUGGAGAGGUUGUUUUUAGUGAUGACACCUUAUAAAUCAGAGUGGGGUAGGCUUACACACACACACACACACACACACACACACACACACACACAGAUAUCCUGAACUGCCCUACCCUUUCCUGAACAGAUCUGUGAGGUACCUUCUUUUCUUUUAAUUUAGACACUAGAUUUUCUGUUCAAUGUGGCUUUUAACUGGCCCCUAAUGAUCUAGGUUUUAGUGCAUUUUAAUAUCAACUCUUGAUUGGAUUGCUGUUUGCUAUUUAAAUUGGUCCUUCCUUCCUUCCUAAUGCUUGAUUUUUAGUAUUUUAAUCAUAUAAUGUUACUGGUUUAUCUUUUUGCAUGUCACUUUGAAAAUAUUUUUCAAAAUGACUCACAAAUGCUAAAAAUAAGCAAUGAGGUGACACUUAGGCUAUUUCCUUGGUGUCUGACUGUUUGACUACUUUUGUGUUAAUUUAUUCCUACAUUGGGUUAGGCAUUGCGUCUGUCAAUUUCAGAAUCUUGACUAUGUUCAAACACUUAUUUGGUGAGGGUCUACUUUUGUUUUGCACAUUUGUUGUUAAGUAGCCAUAGUUUUAGUUCUGCGUAAGGGGCUGUAGCAAUCAAAUUUGUUACUUUCUCCCUAUCUUGAAUAAGUUAUAUAUUGCUUUAUUCUUGGACUUAGGCAUUUUUGUUUUCACUGUUUAUCUUAUCUUGAAUGUAAUUUAACUAGGUAAGGAUGAGGUAGGCAAUAUAGUAUAUUGACAUUUGAAUUAGACCUUGGUCUUUAGUACUUCUCUGAUGAAAUUGAUAUGUUCUGCUUUGUUUGAAGAGAAAUCAAAUACUGAAGGUUUCUUUCUUUAUGUUAAAUAGCAGCACCGAGCUUUAAGUUCUGAUUUGUUCCAUUGUUUCUGGCAAAUCUGGAUAAUUUGUUUUCAGGCUUGCAAACAGCACAUUUCUGUACGAAUUAGUACACUCGUUGUUUAUGCUUGGUUAUACAUAUUACAUUUUUUCUUUUCUUUUGUUGUUACAAUUGUAUCUCAUUCUUCCAAGGAACUCAUAGUAACAUUCUAGUCUCCCUUAUAAUGUAGCUUAGGGUACUUUACGGGUUACCAUGUGAGGUAGGUCAGUAGCUUAUGCGAGGCCACCCAGUGAAUUUUAACCGCUACACUACCUUGGCUGUUGUGACUCAAGUAUCGGCUCUGCCACCAUGAAACAUUUAUACUUCUAUAGAAUCUUAAAUGGACAUUGCAUACCUUAAAUUAGUUAAACAAGAAAAAUAUUUUACAGUUACAAAAAUCAGAAGCAGUUCUGAUUUACUACUCCAGAAAUAUUAUUGGGGAGCUGGGGAAGGGGGACAGGGAAGGGGUGGAGCUGGCCAGUGAAUCAACCUAAUUCUGGGAGUGUAGAGAUAGUAAGUGGUCCCUUGCUGCUCAGAAGCCAGAGGCAUUUUUACAUUUUCCUGUUCCUUUUUAAGUCCAUAAACUAGUUCUCCAUUUAAAAAUAAAACUCCUGUGAAAAUAACAUCCAAGUGUUUUAUCCCAAGAAAAUAUGUAUUAUAGUCUCUCCUGGAGAAAGAGAGAAGAUGUAAGGUAGUUUUGACAAUAUGGUAAUGUUAUAUAGAACAGUACUGGACAGGUUAUCGAUUCUUGGAUGGGAGCACAUUCUGCCCUCUCUAGUGUGGGGAGGGGUAAUCAAAAAUGACCAAGUUUCAUAAUAAAUUUGAUGCCAUUGGAGCCUCUGUGGUCAGGCAUAGCAUUGUGUACACAUAAAAGGGUAAAGGGCCCCUGACAGUUAAGUUCAAUCGUGAACAACUCUGGAGUUGCGGCACUCAUCUCGGUUUACAGGCCGAGGGAGCUGGCGUUCGUCCGCAGACAGUUUUUCUGGGUCAUGUGGCCAGCAUGACUAAGCUGCUUCUGGGGCAACAGAACACCGAAACCAGAGCAGCGCACAGAAACACCAUUUACCUUCCCGCCGGAGCAGUACCUAUUUAUCUACUUGCACUUUUUGGCGUGCUUUUGAACUGCUAGGUUGGCAGGAGCUGGGACCGAGCAAUGGAAGCUCACCCCGUCGUGGGGAUUUGAACCGCCGACCUUCUGAUCAGAAAGCCCAAGAGGCUCUGUGGUUUAGACUACAGCGCCAUCCGCGUCCCCUAAAAAUAAAAAUAUUUACAUAUUACAAACUUGCUGCAUUCAAAUUUGAAAGAUGGAUGUAACAGCAAAGUUGCUUACCACCUGAAAAAUGGCUUUAAUUCAAAAAGAAUAGAGCCACUGGGAACCACAGAAAAUUGCCUUUGGGUGUGGACUUGAUUUCCAAGUAGCUAAUCCUUUAUGUUAGCAUUAACAACUUCAGUAGUAAGAUAUGCACAAGAUUUUUGUCGUCUAUAAAUAAUAGGGCUAGAAAUAGAUGACUUCAUCUUGCACAGUUUUCAGUGCAGGUGGCUUAGAUUCUGGUAAAUCUGAGUAUUUCUAGAUAUUGUUUUAUCAUUUGCAUAGUCUCAAUAGCUCAGUGUUUCUGUUGAAGGUGUAACUUAAGAGGCAGACCUUUGGUAAACAUAUUCUAGUUUCAUGAGUUAAGGUUGAAAUAUUUAAUCAGUAUUUACCAAAGAAUUGCUCUGCGGAUUAUUUUAGAUCUCCGACAAUAGUACUUUAUGGAAUUAUUUACUGUUGAAAGGGUGUUUCUGUACAGUUUACUAUGAAUGCAUAUCCAACUUGCAACUCAGAAUCAUCCAUUAUGACACAUUUCAGGAACAGUCAAACUGAAGAAGAGAUGGAUCAUGGUUAUUCAUCACUGAGUAAAGAAAUGGGAAAGAAAAGGAGAUUGAGAUUGUAAAAAGAUUUUGUUCUCUUGGAAAGGAAAGUUGUUUUACUGGUAGAGAAUUUAACACCCAAUCUUUGCCUUUGUUCAUGGCUGGCUGGUUGGUAGCCUAUGUUCAGCAUAAUCUGCUUUAAUGUACUUCAGUUUUUCAAAACAUUUGGUCCCAAUUGUUUGCUUAUAUGAACAGGUGAAUGUGAUGAAAAUUUGAAGUUCUUUCAUUAGGCAACAACUAGAAUUUUGAGACAGAAAUGCUACAAUGAUGGCAAUAGAUUUCUCUUUUUUCCAAAAAGUUUUACAUAAAAUACAAGAUUGAGCAAAGCAGGAAAAGGAGAUUUUGCUUUUGGUUUCUGCUUCCUGGUUUCAACUAACCCCAUUUUAUUAAUAUUUCCAAACGGGAACAUAUUUUGUUAGUUUAAUUAAGGUUUGUCUGAACAAACCAGCUUCAAACUGGUUUACAAUCCUGGCUUGUUCAGAUAAACAGUAGUAAGUACUACCUGCAGUUCCCAGUUUCGACAUAAAAUUGAGCAGUUGAAAAUGGAAGCAAAUGCUUAUUGAUCUUCUUGUGGCCAUGCAGGAUGGAGUAAAUGAAGAGAGAUCACCACUCUAAACAAUUAUUUACAGUUAUGUCCAAAUGAGGUAAAUGCUGUGCCCCAGUGGUUUUUGUUGCAAAAGUUUGGUUGAAGUUACAUACCAUAUUCAUGUUCCACAUUUCAGCUAUCUAUUGUCUGUUUUGCAUUCUCACCUAUUCAUUUAUACUCCAUUGGACCAUGAACCCAAAUAUGAAGUCCUGAGUUGUUAUUUUAGGAGUUAUCCAUGUCUGCCACAUUUUCUGUUCAAAUAAACCUACUACCCAUAAGAAGGAUGCCCAGUAAAUUAGUUAAAGAUACAUGUAAGAUACCAUAACACCUCUUGUUCUGAACCGUAAUGAUGUUUGAGCUUCGGCUUCUCUGAGCUGACAGUGAAAGUGUUUUCAACAGCUCAACAACACUUACUAGCACUUGGUUAUGCCUGAUUUACACAGCAGGCAAUCUUCUAUAACCAGUACCAGAGGACUUCAUCUGUUAAGAUCCUGUGGCCUAGUGGUUUGGAAUCAUUGUCCUAGGAAGUACAAAACAAAUGUCAGUGAUCUGUAAUGCUGGCCAUGAAUGCUGGAAGCAAUAGGUUGUUAUUAUUAUGUAUUAAAUUUCUAUACCGCCCUUCACCAAAAUAUCACAGGGCAGCUUACUACACACACACACACACACACACACACACACACACACACCAUAGUAACAAACAAAAACAAUACCCACCACAGUUUAAAAGGCCAUUGAUUGUUUAAUUAGCCAAGCGCUUGGGAGAAAAGGAAUGUUUUCACCUAGCGCCUAAAGAUAUGUAACAAAGGCCCCAGGUGAGCCUCCUUGGGGAGAGCAUUCCACAAGCAGGGAGCCACUGCAGAAAAGGCCCAUUCUUGUGUUGCACAUGAAGAAGGACCUCAGAUUAUGAUCACAGGUCUGGGUGGCCACCUCAUGGUCAAGGGCUGAGAUUAAAAGGAGAAUGCAGGAGGGAUGCUUAUGAAGUGUGAUGAUGAAUAUAUCACAUCUAAGUCCAUUAAAAAAAACCCUGGUUGGCCUGUGUUACUCAGACUGAGUUGCAAAAUACAGUUUGGGGACUUGAAAAUGAAAUUUUAGUUUCCAUGGAUAGGGAACAGUGCAGUUGCUUUUAUCUUUUCUUUUUUUGCUUUGCUAACUUCUCACUUUUCCUUGCACUUUUGCAAAUACGAAUCUGUUGUUGGAUUUGUUGAAAUUCUGACUUGUUCAGAAUAAACUUCCAGAUGGAGAAAGGAAUUUGACCCUGGGUUGGGAGAUUACUUUUUUCCCAGAGAAAGCAGUCUCAUGUCAGCUGUUCCACGGUAACCUCAGAAAAGAUAAAGAGACAGAGACAGCAAGAUGGAAUAUAAACUUUAUCUGUGGACAUGACUGACAUAUAAAUAUUAGCAAGGGAAACAACCAUAAAGUUACUUCACUUGUUCCUAGAAUGUCUUAAGAAAACUGCCUUUGUUUUUCUGCCAGUGUGCAGAUGAUAACUUUUUAGAGACCUGAAGGUAGCAUUGUGCAGCCCUCAUUACUUACUGUUCAAACAUUCAUUUCCCCUUUGUCCCGCCAUAUUUUCAGUCAAACCAGUUUUGCAAGUUUAUGCAGCAUUUCAAGCAGUGCCUUGAAGAAAAAAUGAAACUACUUCGCAGCAGUGUGUGGUCAGCAGUGCUGAAAUAGAUGUGUGUAAAAGCUGUUGUGGGCACCUGUUAGCUAGCACUUACCACAUAAAUAAUGAUGAGUAACAUAAGGAGAGAUCUCAUUACAAGCAGAAUCACUUCUUCUCUCAGUGCAGGCCCAGAUGCCUACCAAUAACAUCCUUUAUGAGAUGCCACCCUGGAGGGCCUCCCAAAUUUUGUGAAGGCUUUUUAGGAGGUGUGGGGUGCUGCUUCUUAGAGGAGGCAGCUUGGAACCUCUUGCCCACAAGUAGAAUGACCACAUGCCCUGGUCUGGAUCCUUCCCAAUAUUACCUUUCCUCUACUUUUAUUUUAUUUUUACAGUAAGCUAACAUCUUGCGUGGGCGUUACAGUCUGGGGAUUGCGCCUAAAGCCAAAAUCACAUAUAGUCAAAACACAUUGGGUUAAAUGGCAGGUGGGAUUGCCCAAGUCAUUUUUCCCCAGAACCUCUCCCCCCUUUUUAUUUUUAUUUUUCCCCCACGUGCAUAAAGCUGAAUGCCCACAAUUUAAAUGUACAUGCGCUGUGGGCUUACUAUAUAUUGCAUGCAUCUGUUCCAUUGUUCUAGUACCUAUGUAGCACUCAUAGCAGCUUACAACAAUUUAAAAUCGCAAUGCAAUAAAAAAAUUUAAAUGCAACAAUAAAGUGCACAAAAUUUGAAAGUGACAACAGCAGAGAUUGCAAAUGACCUUAGCAAGCUAGCUUGCCAGAAUAAAAAUCUUAGCCAGAGGAGGUCAGGCAGAGUGGGGGUGGGGGGCAUCCAUGCUUCAUGGAGCAAAGUGUCCCACAAUAUGGGACAGGUACUGAGAAGACCCUUGACACCAGCAGUGCCUCCACCUUAGGUGGGAGACGAAGAAGGGCAUGUGUCUAUCGCUGAACCUGAAUGAGGCAAUCCAGGCUAUCCAGUUCCACUGAGAAAUGCUCUGCCAUUUCCAUUCUCCUAUAUUUUAAAUUCUGUUUUUAUUUCAUCUUUUCUAGUAAAGCACACUACUAAUCCAGAAUCUGCUUGUGAAUUGGUAUGGUCAGUUGUUUUACUUGUGUAGAACCAGGGAAGCAGCUGUAUUUAGAAAACAGGAAAACAGACGUAUCUGGCUUUUCCACAGACACAGCCAGGCUCCCCUUUUUUCUUCCCCACUAUGUUUGUACAGUUCUCAAGCUACAGGUACUGGAUCAGGGUUUGUGCCAUGAUAGCACAGAGGGGUGGCCUAUAAAGUGAACAGGAGUGGGGGAAAGAAUCCAAGCGCUACAACUGAUUGAUAUUUCUUGGAACAUAAAGCCCCAAAUGAGUGAAAUUUUGAACUGAAUACUGAUUUCAUACAUGCUAUUUAAAGAACUCUUGCAUGUCUCAUCCACUGUUAGCAUGCCUUGUGAAAACAGAAAUUCAGUUUAAUUGUAUUUGUAUCAUCUUUUUAAAUCCGCCAGUAGCUAUGUGAUUUGUAUGUCACCUGUGAAUAAAAGUUCUACCUGUGACAACAGUGCUUGCAAUUGCUUUGCAUUGCUAGGAACAGUAGUUAAUAUGGAAAGACAAUAUUACACAUUUAUAGGAUUCUGUCAGAGCCCAGACCAGCUGUGAACAAACAUCAAGGUUAAAUUUAGUGGGGUGCAUUCAGAUUGAAACUUUUGCACGAUGGUAAGCGAAGCUGCAAAUUUUCCCAAGUGAUAUUAAAGUGCUUUGUCAUAUAUAUAUGUUUUUCACCUUGUAGUAACAAGCUCCUGAGCCCUGUUAGUAUUAAUGAGAUCUGUGAACUGAUUUUUUAAUUUUUUUAUUUUUACAAAAAUAAGCAGCUUCCGUUAUGCUUCUUGCUGUUUAUAAAUACUUGACAGUCUCUUGGGGAGCUCAAGGUUGACAAAUUGUUCAUAGGGCUGUUUUCAAGCAGGAUGUGAGUAAAGAGGAAACAGCUAUAGUUAUCAGUCCCUAUCACACUCCAGUGUUGGCUGCUUGCAAAAGAGUGCUGCAUCAGGAUAGCUAUAUUUAGCAGAUGCACUGAGACCACCUCUAUCUCUUGGUAUGUGUCUGUGUAUUUCAAGCUAAUCUAAAACCCAGCCAGUGUAUCAUUAAGUUAUUUUUCUGUCUGUUGUGGUCAAUGUGACAUCUAUUCUGAUAAAAGGACAUUUCACUACACACUUGGCCAAAGUCACUGCUUCAUUUUGAGAGUUUUCAGGGCAGCUGAAAAAUGUUGGGAAAGACCUGGAGACAACAAUGGGUAAGGAUUCCUUUUGAUAUAAAUCAAGUGAGGAAAUUAAUAUAAACAGCAUAGCGAAAAUGAGUGAAGGAAAAGGUAGCAAAUACCAGAGAGAUUGAAGCAUGGGGAUUUACUUAAUGUUUUGGAAUAAAAACAGCUGCUUUCAUGAAUUUUCAUGCUUGCAGUUGCUCAUUGGUGAAGAAGACCUAUUCUGCUCUUAAGUAAAAUUAGUUAUUCCUUAUUUUCGCAAGUUGUUAUCCAGCUUAUUUAACCUAUUUAUUUUAACAUGAGAAUAGUUUUGCCAAGAGCAGGAUGCUAUGUCUUAAUACUGAGAGAUAACAACUAGCCAGGAGAAGUGAGAAAAUCAAAUUGUUAGUGCAUACAUUUAUGAAGAUUAGUUCAUUGUGGGCACCAUCUAGAGAGACAGGACUUUGCCUAAGGCAGGGGCAAGGCAGUCCACUGGUUUACUGUAGGAUGGAUUGUGGUAGACUUCUGACCCUUCCUUAAAUGCAGCUUUCAUAUCAUGCUUAGUGAUGUAUCCUAAACCUGAUCUCAUGUGAGUUCCGACCCUUGCAAAGGCACAGCAAGGGUCAGAUAAUUGCAACAAAUGCUAUUGGCAUUAUUGUGAGCCACUUUGAGAUCAAUAUUGUGGUUGGAAAAGUGAGAUACAAAUAUUAUUAUUAUUAUUAUUAUUUAAUUCAGAUAUGGGAGCAUGAAGAGCCUACAUACAUAUCAUGUUGAGCUUAGUGGCAGUGGUGGUAGCAAUAGCUGGACAGGUCAGUAGUAGUUUUAUGCAAGCUGCCUUGUCUGUGAUUGGAGUUGUGGGCUUGUCUUCCUUAUCUGUGAUUGGUGAUGCCAGGGUGAGCGGUGAGUGGAGAGUGAGCUAUUUCUGGACAUUUUAGUAAUGAAGAGAACUGCGGCAGCUUGGCAACUAGACAGUGGCAAAGAAAACAGUGAGUAAGCUCUCUUCAUCAGUGUGUUGUGUGUGCAUGUGUGUUGCUCACGCACUGCUGCAGCAGUGGCUCGUGAGUGGGAGUGAGUGUGUCAUCCCACCAAUUUUACUGCACUCACCAGGACAGGGUUGGAAUUUUAAUUGUACUUGGAAAUUAUGAUAUAAUUUAUAUUAUAAUAGGAUUGAUUAUUUUGAUGCUUUUUUUGAUAGUUUCAACUAGUUUUGGAUUAUGUUUAUUCUGCAGAAUGUUUGUGUCUCUGUUUCCUGUGUCUGUGAUGUCUGCUGAAAAUAGGAGUGUGAAUAGUGAUAAAGGGCACUUAUGUUUAUGUUUGAGUUUUCUAUCAUAGAUUCACAUGCUGACGUUGAGAGUAAUCUCAACCAUAGAGUUCCAUAUCUGUAAAGCAGGAAAAUAUUUCCUAAAAUUUGUUUUUUGUCCUGAAUUCUGUGAUGAUAUGCAUUGGCUAUAUGCAUAUAGCCAUCAUAUAGAUCAGUCAGUACAACAUGAGACUCUUAAUUUCAGGGUUGUGGGUUUGAGCCCCACAUUGGGCAAAGAUUCCUGCAUUGCAGGGGGUUGGAUUAGAUUAGGGGUCCUCAAACUACGGUCCGCGGGCCAGAUCCGGCCCACCAGGGUCCUGAACCCAGCCCGCCCGGCAAGUGCAGAACCUGCCACUGUCUAAUGGGUCUUGGCCCAAAACUUUAGUGGCACAGGAACAUGGUGGGCAGCGCCAGGGAACACGCAGGUCCAGAGGGCCGGGGAAGGCGAGGCCCCGUCGGCCGGGAGAGAGGCUGCUCUAGCUUGACGAGGUAUGGAGGAGCCCCAGGAGCGGCGAGGCUGUUGUGGACUGAGCCCCGAAGUUUUCUCUCACUCCACGCUCCUUUCUCCACUUGGCACUUCCCGCCCUCCCUGCUUUGCUUCCUGGCAGUUUCAACCGAAAAGCCUCUCCUCUUGCUUCCCUUUCUUUCCCCAGUUUCCUUUUCUUCGUCUUUCUUGUGCAAAGGCAGUUUCUUACUCAACUAUUCCCUCAACAGUCAUUUUGCUUUUCAUUCUCCCAUUUCCCGUCAUCAGUAUACGCUUCUACCCACCAAGCCCGCUUCCCUCGCUUCCCAGAAUUACUAUUUCUUUUAAAGCUGUUUUUCACACAAUGUCCAAACUCAGUGGGGUUUUCCCCCCUUUUGUUUGUUCCGCUUGCAAGCGCUGGGUCCCUGGACCCUCAAACUGAGGAUGUAAAUUCUCUUUAAGGACUUUUGGUCACGUGAGACUUUAAAGGGUUUUCGUCUGGGCCACCUAUGCAUGUUGUUCAUCUUUAAAUGUCUCUCAGCUCCAUGUGCAAUGCCUUUAAAGUACCACACAUUUGAAGCACAUACUACUCCUCUUAGAAGCCAUGACCAGGUUUUAAAAUGGGCUUCCCCGUGUUUAAUGUGCAUCAUCACUAUUAGUCAUUAUUGCUGUUAAAUUGUUUUUGUAGCUCUGUAUUUUGUUCAUAUUUUUUUCAAACUAUAGUCCGGCCCCCAGCAGUGUCUGAGGGACAGUGAACUGGCCCCCCGUUUAAAAAGUUUGAGGACCCCUGGACUAGAUAUUCCCUGUGGCCCCUUCAAAUCCUACAGUUCUAUGAUUCUGUAUUUCUAUAUGUUCUGUAUGCAUUAUCCUGCUUUCUGAUUGUGCAGGUCUGAUGUUCUUAUGUGGAUGGCAUUUUGUGGCCAGAGUUACUCUUCUCCAGGCUGUGGUUUAGCAUAUUUCCAUUUCCCUUUGUCUUCAUUCUAUUCAGUUUUCAAUGUAAUGUUACUGCAGCAGGCACACAAUAUGCACUAGUAACCCUUUGUAUGGGAGUUGUUUGCUUAUGUUCGUAGAGGUAUUCUCCUUUCCUUGCAUUUAUUACCCUACUCCUUCAAAUGAUUUAUCUUAUCUUUACCCCAUUAACAGCUCUAAAAGAAACAGUAGCUGCUUUAAUUCAGUUUGUGAAAAGUGUUAGUCUGCCUUUCGUAGCCAUGGUUUCAUUCAACAUACUUGGCUAAAAUGAUGUUGCUAAACCCAUAAUGCCCUAUCAUAGAUGCUGAGAAUUCCAUGCAAACCCAACACAUUUUUAAUAAGAAACAUGUCCAUAAUACUAAAUAUUUUUUGCAUGAUAUUAUAAACAGUUUUUAUUUUGUUAAGUUAUAAAUAAGAGUGCUGACUUAAAAUGCUGCUGGGGAAAAAAUAAAUGGCGAGAGGGGUGGCUGCUGCCAUGGAUUAAGCUCUUGGCUUUGAUUUAACAUUUAUCUCUCAGUGUUGGUGAUCUGCACCUAUGAAAUGAUAGUCUUACUUGUUUGCCUAUGACCAAGUUUUGUGUGGCUUUCCUAAUCUGUAUUAACAGAGAUGUGGAUUUGGUUUGCUGCAUUGUGAUCAGGUAACUUUGAUUGGCAUUUUGUGGAUCCUGGUUCAUGUGGCAAAAAUAAAGGGAAAAGUCCACAAACCGGAAGUCUGCUCACUUCUGGUUUGAGGGGUACAGUGCAUACUCCUCCAGCCACUAGGUCACACGAUUCUGUUUAGGUUCUUUUGGGUUUUGUACCUAAUGUGCUUUAUAAAACUAAACUCAAGUCAGCUAAUAUGGGGACUGUUACAGUUUUUGUGUUUCCCUACCCUAUAAAGGACCAGUAUAUCUCACUGGAGGAAGAAUAGGCUAGUAGUAGAUCACUUACUUUGCAUGCAGACUUAAUACCAUAUCCUCAAUACAUUUUUUUUCUUUUUUAAAAUGUAUUUUUGUAUAUGGUUUCCCUGCCAUAUGAAGCCUCCUGUAGUAUCAAUAAUAGUUGGUGUUAAUUAAUUGUAUUGUUUUAGUGUUCCUGAUAAUUCGGUUACUCUGUUAAUUUUGCUGUUUUUAGUUAGGUCUACACAAUUACAGUUUCCCCUCUUUCAUUGCUUGUUAGUAUAAAUCUGUUUUAGCUGAAAGUGUAAUAGGCACCUCUACUUCAGCUAAUUACAGGCCUCCAAUUGUCUUCGGAAUGGCUGGGAAAGCUUUGGGCACUUGGGGGAGGAAUGGGACAAAAGACACAGGACAGCUGGGAAUGUUGUGAGUACAUAUUAGACAAAAGGCAUCCUCUCCAACUAAUUCUCCAACUAGCCAUGCUUCCUUAGGCCACACUGGACAAUUUGUCCCACAUAACAGCAGGGACUUUUAAUUGCAUAGCAUCUCAGACCUAUAAAUUUAGGCAUUUGGUACAGCAGCAGUCAUACCCAAAAGCUAGAAAGCUUCAGCUUUCAGUGUAUAUAAAACUGCCGUUUAGAACUUGUCAUUUUCAUAUUGGGUAGAAAAGACAUUUAAUUUUGUAAAAUAUUGAAAUAAACUUCUGAGCAGGGUAUGAAUGCUACCAACAAUAAAGUGUGUAGAGAAAGUUCACAAGAACUCUCUCAUUGGCUUUUUGAAGGUUUUGUUUGCAGUUGGGAGUCUGGACAUUUUGCACAAUCUCUAAUCUAACCAGAGCCUUGUUUUAAUGCUUUCCCAUUCAUUAUAUGUCAGGGAACUGACAUCGGAGCUAGAGGCGGAGGGGAGGCUCUCAAAUGAUGCUGGAGAAGGGCCCAGCAGGGAGAGAGGCAGCUCUGCAGAUGGGGAAGCAAAUCAGCGCAACACCAGAGAUAAAGGGGGGCAGAUGGGGGAAUCGGCGAGAGGGCUCCAGGACUCUUCACCGGACACCAGCGGGGAGAGCACGGGUCCUCCACUACCCACGCCCUCCCUGCGCAGAAGGCUUCCGCGCAGGGAGAGUAGGAGGAGACUUGGCGGCAAACAACUUUUAUGUUGGAAAAGGUUUAAGAAACGCCCACUGACGGAUUCUGCUAGCGACUGAGGCAGCCACGAAGUGAAGGGCUGUCCAGACAGAAAGGUUUAAACAAGGCAACAUAGCCAGGAGAGGUGGCAACUUACGCACAAGCAACCCAUACUCAUUACAUUAUAUGAGAACAAAAAACCCAUAGUGGCAUUACUGAUGGGUAGAUUUUAGAACAAAUCAAAAUAAAUCUGUUGUUAGAGCUCUUAAUAUCACUUGGCUCAAUAUCCUAGGUUGACUGUGUGUAUGCAGCUUAACUAUGAAAUAAAGAUGUCCAACUUGCAUUGUCUUAGAUUAAGAAACAUCAGGAGAAAAUGUGCCUAUGGCAAGUUCUUCAGUCGCUCAACUACCCCAGAGUAGCUUUUCCCAACCUUGAUUCCCCAGGUGUUUCUGGACUACAACUCCCACCAUCCUUAGCCUGCAGAGUUGGUAGUCAGGGUUUAUAGUAGUUGUAAUCCAACAACAUCUGGGGAACCAAGGUUGGGGAAAUCUGUGCUAGAGUUAAGAACUUUAAUAAUGUUUCAAAGUUAGGACAUCUGGAAGACUUGAAUAGACUCCUUCAGUGCUCAUAAUUUCCAUAAACCACAUAGCAUCAAAGCACAGAGAACCAUUUUUAAAGUGUUUUGGAAGAUGUGGUCUCUGGCACAGGAUUUUUUAUUUUGGUCACCUGGAAAGGCCCUAGGUUUUAUUUCCCUUUUGUUGCUCAAUUGCAAAGCUUGGUUCUCUACCUUCUCCUGCAUCUGUUGAAAUAGUCUCCUGUCUCCAGAAACCUUUAAGUCAGAAUGAAACAGUCAUUAUUUGCUAUCCUCCUCUUCUGUUAGUAUCUCAGGGAGUUAAGAGUACCAGACUAUUCUCUUACCUUACAGGUCAUUACUCCAUGUCGGAAACUCAUCUUGUGUGCAGAUAAUAGAAAAGAAAUGGAGGACUGGAUUGCAGCACUGAAGACUGUACAGAAUCGUGAACAUUUUGAGGUAAUGAAAUAGGUUAGGUAUAGAUGUGUAUCUGCCCUUUAUUUUUAAAUGCAGUGACAGCCUCACCCCCAACGCAUACACUGUUUACUGUUCAUAUGUGCUGCUUGUUUCAGCAGUUAUAAUUAAAUAUUCUCUGAAGUCAGUGGUCAUCAGAACAUGUAUAUAAACUGUCUGAAUUUAAAGUGAUUGCUCACUUUAGUCAUUCAGGCCUUGUCAUCAUGAGUAAUCCAAGAUCAGGAAAGAAAGUUGCACUUUCCCAUAAGUGAGUACUACGUGGAGUGAUGUCUUCAAUUUUGCAAGAGUACAAACAGUAAAGUAGGUGGACUGUGAUUAGUACAGUUAUGAUAAAGAGUUGGAACUUCAAAAGUACUAUUUUUAUUUUGGAAACCACCACUUCUAAGGUACAGAUAUGAUUUUGUAAUGGCUGCUGUUUUUUUGGAGUGUCCUCGGUGGAAAAAAUUAUAGAUUGAUAAAUAAAAAUCAAAAACAUUCAUAAAAAAUUAAAUUUACAUAAAUUAAAAAACAGUAAACACACACAAAAAACUCCAAGCAGAUAAAUGCCAUGAGAAUUCAGGUCUUAAAAUACUUAAGAUAGUAAAAAUGUUUAACGUGUAUGAGAAAGAAUACAAUAUUUGAAUAUUGUGUAUUGACACCAUUUCCCACUAUUAAUAUGGGCAAAACUAGGCAAGACUCCAUGCAUGCAGUUAGCAAAUUGCAGGUGCAGAGUACCUGAUCCAUUUCAGAACCUCGAUAUGGGGGUUAGGUGCCUUUGCCCCACUCUGCAGUACAUGUCAGGACUGGUGCCCUAAUGCCUGCCAUUUGCAAGAAAGGAGAUUCCGACUAAAGAUUAGGAAGAACUUUCUAAUGAUAAGAGCUGUUCUACAGUGGACUGGACUGCUUUGGAAGGUGGUGGACUUAGCUGUCAGCUGCGAUUCCUGCAUCGCAGGGGGUUGGACUAGAUUAGCUUUUGGGUCCCUUCCAGCGCUACAUUUCUAUGAUUCUAUUAUCUUUCUUUCUUGCUUGCAGCUGGCAAAAUUUUGAAUUACCAAUCCAGACCAUUUCAAGCCGAUUUUACUCCAUAGUUCUAUGCAGAAAUGCUUGGUGGGCAUUUCAUUUACAUUUCUUACAGCCUCCAGACUACAUUCCUCUCAUUGUGCUUGUACCGUGUGGGAUGAAGUUUACCAUUUCACCCCUUGAUGUACUUUUCAGAUUGUUGCUUAUUUCCCCACCCCCACAUACAGCAGGGCAUUCUUGUUCCUCUGUUCUUCCGUGGCUACAAUGCUCCACAGAUUAUACAGGUGUAGAUUCUGCCUCAGAAAUAUAUAGUUUGCACAAUUUAAUAUCUCUAUCAAUGUCCCAUUGGGAUGUCAUCUUCAUUUGUUUACCAUAAAUUCAUUUUCAGUCUACACAGUACAGUAUGGACCAUUUCUCAGGGAUGCAUAACUGGUACGCCUGUUCGCAUGCUCGGCCAACAUACUGCAAUGUGUGUCGGGAGGCACUAUCUGGAGUCACGUCCCACGGACUCUCCUGCGAAGGUAAAAUCCUUUCAUUAUUUUGUGCUUGGAACAUAAAGCUGUUAGGCUUCCAAGAAGGCAUUGGUCAGACUCGCACCCCAUUGGUUGGUCACCAUUCCAAGACGGGAAUAACCGUAUGAUCCUGAAAUGUUCCCUGCCAGACUUUGACAUCUUGCAAAUGAAAUAGGCCUUGAUCUAAAAAUCCUGCUUAUGCAAUGACUGAGAAAAAUUAUACCAAAACAGGAUUAGCUACAGUACAAAAUAAAACUGGUUAGGUUUGAUUCUACAUUUAUUGUGCUUCAUAACUUUUGUUAAAUUAUAGGAGCUAAGAAUCUUAUGAAUGAGAAAGAUAACUUCUUUUUUUUUAAAUUAUCUGAACUUUGUUGGCAUAUAUAAAAGAUUCCAGGAGGGUUCAGUACAAUAAAAUCAGUAAUAAAAAACCCUGCAUCUAACAUUUAAGUUAAUGUUAUAUAACAUUCACAAAUCUUCAUUCCGUGUUGCAGAAACCUGGCUACUAAAGAUAUCUGUGGUUGGGCUUUGUGGUCAGCGACCUCUCUCAGGUUGGGUGUUGUAAUCUGUUUUUAAAUAAACGUAGAUCCUUAGAGGGUGUUACAUGAUAUAAGGGGAGAGAAAUACAUCUAAGGUCCACAAUUAAAUUCAAGAAUCUUUUAGAAAUAUUACAUUAAUUAUUUUUUCUCUGCAGGUAAUUCAUCAACAUAACUAUUCCCUACUGGAUUGUUUUAGAAUAUUUUUCAGAAAAUACGUCUGAUUCAAAUAAAAUUAUCUGUAGUUUGAUAAUGUGUAUGUGAUGUUUCCUGAGGAUAAUUAAUUUCUAAUUAGAACAGGUUCAAGAUUUCCUGUACAUGCCUUGUUUAGAUUAGACUGGUUAGUGAUGCUAAAAGCAGAAGAAAAGAAAUGGGUUUUGUGACACUGGGUUUCGUGUAGAUUUAAAUAGAGUGUUUGCUCAGCUCACCUCAUAUCUAUUCUUCUCUUUCUUCCUUUCCCUCUCCUCCUGGCUUUUCUAGUCUGCAAAUUUAAAGCCCACAAGAGGUGUGCUGUCCGGGCAACUAAUAAUUGCAAAUGGACAACACUAGCAUCUAUUGGGAAGGAUAUCAUUGAGGAUGAAGACGGGGUACGUAUGAGGCCAUUUCUCAUGUGGGGAAGGUUAACAGGCAUAUAGAAGGCAUUUCACUUACACCUCUGCUUCUGCUAAGAUUCUCUAGAUUCUCUAAAGACUUCAGAGAGGAACAUGUAUACUUACUUUUAAAGUACGGGGGUGUUAUUGGGUUGUUGUUUUUAUUUUGAUUAUAUAUUUUGUGGUUUUAUAUUUUGAUUUUGUUCUGUGAGCUGCCCUGAGACCUCCAGGUAUAGGGCGGUAUACAAAUUCAAUAAAUAUUAAUAAUAAUAAAGCAAUGGGAAGGGUGAGUGUUGCUCGGUAUUUCAAAGAGGGCAUAGAGUCUAGUAACGGCCCUAUAACGAAAGUGAUUUAUUUUCUGCUUGUUUGCAGAUUUCAAUGCCACACCAGUGGCUUGAAGGAAACCUGCCUGUGAGUGCCAAAUGCACAGUGUGUGAUAAAACAUGUGGCAGUGUACUGCGCUUGCAAGACUGGCGCUGUCUCUGGUGCAAAGCAAUGGUCAGUUAAUGUUGCAACGCUGUUCAAUUUUACUUCCCUUUUCUGCACUGUGCCUGUGUAUUCUGAUAAUGCUACUAUGUAAGGAGAAAGUUUCAGCGGCAUCCCACUGAAUUUAUUUAUUUAUUUGCUAAUUAGAUUUCAACUAAAAUAAGCCAGCUGUUAGAUAUUUUUAAAAGAUUUUAUGCUGCUUUUGCCAAUUACCAGUCUUUUACAUAGUCGUGGAUAAGCAUAGCAAAAUGUGUAGCGAUCUAUAGGCUCUUUAUCCACUGAUUCUAAGAUGGGUAGAAAUGUCGGUGAUCUCUCAUGAUGUUACCACAGCAGCCUAAGGAAAUUUCACUAUGUUGAAUAAACAGAAUUAGAUUAAUAGAGAUUGCUUGCUUAAUGGUCCUUUGCCAGAAAAUAAAGGUCACAUCUGAAAGCAAUAAUAAAUGUAUUACAGAUCUUUCUGAUGCAGAAUGUAGAGUCCUAAAUAUAUGCUCUUCUUGUAUCCUGGGAAUCGCUUAUUAACAAGCCGUAUAUUAUUUUGGCAAGGCCUGCCUUUCCUUGACAGUCAAGCAGAAUAGCACUGAAUUAUUUUGGAUACUUCACUGAUUCUUAAGUGUAAAUCCUAAGGAUAAUGAAUUUCUUGGCAUUCUACAUGCACAUGAGUGUGUGUGGAAAAUGUAUUUGAAAUGUAAGCAAAUAGCCAGGGAAGCGUAAGAUAUCCAGAUAAACCAUUUGGCCUCUGAUGUUUUAUAGUUGUUCACAGAAUUAUUUAAGGAAAAUGAUAUGCAAUUAACUGCAAAACUUUUGAAAAAACCUUGGGCCUUUGUGAAAGAUCAGUUGUUUUUCUGUGCCUGUUGUUUUAGGUACUGCUCUCAUUAUUUAUUCUUGUCGACUGUAGAAUUUCUUGUUUAUGCCUACAUUUUCACCAGUGUUUCCAGUUUAACAAACCUACUCUUUACCAAUCUCUGGAGCCAUAAGUCAGUAUUCUUAGGAUACUUUCAGAAUCAAGUGUCCCAAGUAUUGUAAGAAGGGAACUGAUUUUAUAUUCCUUUGAGCUGGAUAGACUAAGUGUUGAUAUAACGAUUUCAUCCUGCGUUAUGCACACAGGUUUGUAAAUGCAUGCAAACAAAACACUACAGGGCUAAAGCCUGUUCAGAUGUAAUGGCCCUGCUUUGGGAACUCCCACCCUGCUCCUUUCCUUGUGGGCUUCCUUAGGCAGGUUUUGUGUUGUGUCCCAACUGGAAACUGUGGUUUAAUUUUGGACUUGUAACCACUGUGUUUCACAGAUCAUGGACUGGACUCCCAAGAUUAAGCUAGUUUGUGAUUUCAGUGUAUAUUUCUUUUCCUUUCCAUUCCUGUGAAUUUCUUCUUCAUUAAAACACCUGAAUAGAAGCAAAACUUUAGCUAAUAUAUUUUCCUCCCAGGUACAUACCUCAUGCAGAGACUUAUUACCAACCAAAUGCCCGCUUGGCCUUUGCAAAGUUUCUGUCAUCCCUCCUACAGCUCUCAACAGCAUUGAUUCGGAUGGUAGGUAUCAGCUAAUGCUUUUCAGUGUUUGUUUCACACUUUGCCAAUCAAGCAAAUAGCUCAAAAAACCAACGUUGGCAUAACGCAGUUAUUCUCAUUAUAGCGCCUAAUACUCAUUAUGUGCACCAUAAUCUUUUUCUCUUUCCUUCUUCCUUGUUUCGUUCCUUAUCUUCUUUCUUACAUUCACAAAGAUGGGAGACCUAGACUGCAAAUUUGUAGAGCUCAAAUUUAGUAUAGGUGUUGUCACACUAAGAUAUUGGAACAACUGUUAGGUACCGUAUUUUUCGCCCCAUAGGACGCACCGGCCCAUAGGACGCACCGGCCCAUAGGACGCACCUAGUUUUUUGGGGGGGAAAUAAAGGAAUUCCCCCCCCCCCAGGUGCGCUGUGCUAAUCCUGAAGCUUGGGGCGUGCUGAGCUCAGCGCGCCCCAAGCUUCUGGGCGCCGGCAAGGUCUCUGCUAGCCGCGGGAGAGCCGGGCGACUUCGCGUGGCUCUCCCACGGCCAGCGGAGCGCUGCGCUAAUCCCGAAGCUUGGGGCGUGCGGAGCUCAGCGCGCCCCAAGCUUCUGGGUGCAGGCAAGCUCUCCGCUAGCCCUGGGAGCCGCGCUGCCUCCCACGGCCAGCGGACGCUGCGCAUCCCGGCUUGGGCGUGCGGGCUCAGCGCGCCCAGCUCUGGGCAGGCAGCUCCGCUAGCCCUGGGAGGCUGGGUCUCCACGGCUAGCGGAUAGCUCCUGAGCUUGGAGAGCGAGAGGGUCGGUGCACACCGACCCCCUUGCUCUCCAGGCUUCAGCGAAAGCCUGCAUUCGCCCCAUAGGACGCACACACAUUUCCCCUUCAUUUUUGGAGGGGAAAAAGUGCGUCCUAUAGGGCGAAAAAUACGGUACUUGUAAAAGUGCAAGAUCCGCAGAUCAAAGCAGUCAAAUAACCACAUUAGGGCAAUGCAAUCCAUGGCAACUAACCGUUAAAGACUUUAUAUGCCAUUAGUAAAUCCUUGAACUUGGCCCAGUAACAAAGCAGCAGCCUGUGCAGAUCUUUGAGCAGGAAUGUCAUAUGCUGAGAGAAUCUCAAUCCUAUCAGCCAUCAUGCUACAACAUUCUGUACUAAAGGCAACCUAGUACAGCCACUGUGCUAAUAAUGAACCCAUUCUCCAAAUCUUAAAAGACAGAAUUAAAAUGUCACCAUUGGAAUAUUUCAAUUUUUUAAAAAAGGGGGGAAAACAGUUAGUAUAUUGAAACAGCCGUAUAGUUCCAUGUAAUAUUCUGGUUAAAGAUCACGUAAAGACCUGCAGACUGUUAGCCACCCUGUGGUAAUAGAGCUCAAUUAUUCUUAAUUUUUGCUUUUCCCUUCAGGGUUCUGGAAAGCCACUUGUCCCCCUUCUUGCACAAGCCCUUUGCUGGUCUUUGUUAACUCAAAAAGUGGAGACAACCAGGGAGUAAAGUUCCUACGAAGAUUCAAACAACUGCUGAAUCCUGCACAGGUCUUUGAUCUUAUGAAUGGAGGACCUCACCUCGGGUAAGAGAUGCUCUCUUGAUGUACAGAUGCCUGCAAAUACUUAGAGUGGCCCCAGGCAUUAGGGACAGAGCAUGAGCUUAUAUAAUGUGGCAAUAUUGGAGAAAAAGAAUGUGUAUACAGUGAAACCUUGGUUGUCAAACGUAAUCUGUUCCGGACGACCGUUUGACUUUCAAAACGUUUGACAACUGAGGCGCGGCUUUCAAUUGGUUGCAAGAGCUUCUUGCACUCAAGUGGAAGUCACGUGGGAUGUUUGGUUUCUGAAAAACAUUCGAAAACCGGAGCAUUUUCUUCCGGGUUUUCGGCAUUCGGGAGCCGAAAUGUUUGAAAACGGAGCCAUUUGAGAACUGACUGUAUUACUUGAGGAGGAGGGGAUCAGAGAGAAUCCUAAUGCUCACAGGGUGAGUGCUCUCUAUAAUGUGGGUAUAGAAUAUAACCUCUAAUGUAUCCAUCUGUGAUCGGUGGCAAUAUUCUCAAAUUCUGGGGUGUAGGUAUCUGUUGUAUAUCCACAUUGAUUAACAUUCAUGUAUCUAUGCUUUGUUGCUGCUUUCAACAAAAGUUAGGCUGCUGUUCUCAGUAAGUUUGUGAUAUAUGAGGAUUUGAUUUCAUUUUAUAAGUAGAUUUGGAAGCUACUAUAUCUAGGGACGUCUUCUCUACUUAGGAUUGUUGUGUACCUUGCGUGAAAAUUAUAUUGAAAGUCUUGAUGCCUGAGUGUUGUAUGAUAGGUCUGCAACUUAAGUUGGGGUUACAUUCUGGGGGUCUUGCCUAACUUCAAAAUGUAAGACAGAACUGUUCCACCAGGCCUUUGGCCAGGGCACAUCCUGACUCCCUCCUUUGGCAAUCUUCGCGGAGCUCUGGCCCAAUGGUUGCCAUUGGUUUGAUUUGAAUUAAUUUUAUAAUGAAUGAUUUUAGAGUGUUGUGUUGUGUUGUACUGCUGUAUUGUUUUAUUGUUGUUAGCCGCCCUGAGCCCAGCUUCAGCUGGGGAGGGUGGGAUAUAAAUAAAAUUUAUUAUUAUUAUUAUUAUUAUUAUUAUUAUUAUUAUAAUAAUGUCAGAGCCCACUGGAUUCAAUGGUGGGUGGGAUUGCCAAAGUCAUUUUUCUUGGAACUCCACCCCCUUUUUUUUUUUGGCCAUGCACAUACAGCUGAAUGUGCACAAGUUAAAUGCACACAAGUUGCAGACUUACCGUAAUUUAUGCUUCUCUGUGUCUCUGAAUAAGAACGCAUUUAAAGUUUAGAAAGCAGCCUUAUUAGGUCAGACUAUUUGUCCAUCUAAUCCACUAUUGCCUGCUUUAACUGGUGAUGCCAGGUGAGUGAGCCUAGAGACCUCUUGAUGUAAACACAUGCUCAACCACUUAGCUAUGGUCUCAAAAUAUAUGUGUUCAUUCUGUUACAUUUACUGCAGGGAUACGGUACCCCUUAUGAAGCUCCAUAGAACCUUUCAUUUAUUUCUUGAAUUGCAAACCACUCUCUGUGGUUCUUGUUCUGGGAAGAAAGUAUCUGCUUAAAAAAACCCAAAUACUCUAGUACCCAAACUUAUGUCUUUGUGUUGCAUAGAUGGCUAACUGGUACACUGCUGUUACUUUGCCCCUGCAAAUACAGAUUCUGAUUAAUUUGAAGUCUUUAUUACUCCCGUUGAUUAGAUUUUAGUUGUUAAACUCUCUCGUAUUUUAAUAAUACAUUACAGCAGAUACACCUUUUUUUCCUGUGCAGUUUACGUUUAUUCCAGAAAUUCGACACCUUCCGAAUUCUGGUAUGUGGUGGGGAUGGAAGCGUUGGAUGGGUUCUCUCUGAAAUUGACAGCCUUAGUCUCCAUAAACAGGUAAUUUCUCUAAGUUGCCAUUCUACAUGUGGAUUGGCUAAAUGACAAAAGAGAGCAAGGAGGAACUUAUGAAAUACAAUUUUGCCUAGAAUAACGAAAUAUCUAAGACUGAAAGUUUGCAUGACAAACAUGGGAUUCCCAACUCGGUGUUUACUGAAUGUGAGUAAGGUUCAUUUGCAAGAGAGCAGCAGUAGGUGUUGCCCCCACCUAGUGUUUAUCACAAUAUUUUCCCCCAGCCAAAUAUCUUUCCGGUCUCAGGAAGUCUUAAAGGGUAUAGUCUUUUAUGUAUUUGUUUGCUUAGGGCUGGUUCACAAGGCCCUGUUUAAGUCCAGCAUAGCAACUGUUCCGCAUAGCAACUCAUUCAUGUGUAGAUGUUCACCAUGCGUAACUUUCAGCUUUCACUAUGCCGCUGCAGUCUUCCAACCCUUUAUUCCAAUUCACAGUUUCAUGGCACAAACCAUGUAGAGUAGCCUCUGUGCAGGCAGUUUUGAAGUUAUCGUUGGGCUAAUACUUGAUCAUAUAAAUCAUGCCUAGUUCUUGAAAUAGCUAUUUGCUUGGAAUGGAAGUAUUGUCUUUAUGAUAACAAAUAAUUCUUGUUUCAAAAUGGCAAUAGCACCACUUUGUGGUUAACUGAAAUACUGAUCUUUAACAAAGCCUUCAACUAUUGUUCAGUGUCAAGAAUGUAAUUGAACUCUGUUUCUCACACUUUAACUUUUUAGAAACAGAUUUCUUAUCAGCUAUUUUUGACUGUUGCCAGCCCUACAUUGCAUCCUUCUUGUUGUUAUUGUUGUAAACUCCAGCAGUGGGUCUCCAUAUUUUUUUUAAAAGACCUGUAGAUGUUGAAAGGCAAGAUUUGAAGAAAAAGUAGAUUUUAAAUAAUUGCUUUGAAUAGGAAUAAGCCACCAUUCCUUGUAAUGGAAAGCUGGGGAAAUAUAUGUAUUUUUUUAAUGGGUAGGAAUUCUUAAAUAAGGAUCUGGGGUGUGGCGACUGCAAUCUGCAAAAAAUAAAACAACAAAAUAAUUUGAAAAUGGUGAAACAAUAUGGGUGAAAUAUUAACGACAUAGUUUCUUUUUAACUGGACUCUUUACUGUGUAAUUUUCUCACAUCGUCUUUACUGUAAGAAAUCAACUAGAAAACAUUCAGUGGUCAGAGUUGGUGUGGGCAGUGAAUCCCUUUGGGCUAGUCUUAUUUUUAUUCUCCCCUUCCUAUGUAGUGCCAGUUGGGAGUGUUGCCCUUGGGCACAGGCAAUGAUCUUGCCCGUGUGCUAGGCUGGGGAUCUGCUUGUGAUGAUGACACUCAACUUCCUCAGAUACUGGAAAAGCUGGAAAGGGCCAGUACCAAAAUGCUUGACAGGUAGGUGCUGUUCUAUGAUUCUGCUCCUGUUCCCUAACACAGUGAUAGUCAGAAUCACCAAAUGUGCACAUGGAAGUCCCUUGCACUUCUGGAGCUUUAGUGCUAGAUAUGGCCCAAAGUCUGAAGUUUUUGUCAGUGGGUCUGUUUUACUCUGCCCUGAGUCUGUUUAACGGGUUGUGGGUGUUUAACGAGCUGUGUGCUAAAGCAGUGGAAAAGAGGAAGGCAUCUCUGAAAGAUUUUUGUAUGGCAUUCUUUUAACAGCAGCUGUUUUCUGUAUCAGUCAAUAUAGUAAUAACUAUGCUGAAUAGUUCCUCCUAUGUAUCCCAGGAUUCCCUAAUUUUAGGAGGAGUUGCUUUUUCAGGAACGUUGCUCUCCUUCCUUCCCAAUAGUUUAAGAGUAUUUUUGUGAGUUUGAAGAGAUGAGAUUUGUCUCUGUGUGAAGGCAUCCUGCUGGCCCUGCCUCAUUGCACAUGUUGCACCUAAACCAGAAAAAAAGUCAAAACGAUCAAUUUCCUCUGUUCAUUUUUAAUACAGAGAUGUAAGAAGGGAAAAUGUGUUCCUUCUAGAACCAUCUGCCUUAAGCAUCCACUUCCUGUUGCUUCUUCAUAAACAACGUGUGCCCUUUUAAGGGUAUCUAAUUUGUAUUAAAUGCUGUGAUGUCUCUUUUUCAAUAGGUGGAGCAUUAUGGUGUAUGAAACAAAACUUCCUCGACAAGCAUCUGCUUCUACAGUCACUGAAGAUUUCAGUGAAGAUUCUGAGGUAGUUGUAUACAUUGGGGGGACCAUGAAAAUGAACUAAGAAAAGUUAAUGAUAGCAGAGCAAAACACCUAUGAGAUAGAUACAUGGGGAAAUAGCUCUAAGGGGAGGCAUGGCUUCUAUACUCAGAUAUGUAGAAAGGACUCAGAGAGACUAAAAACUAAAGCAUUCUCCAGAUUAAAAAAUAUUUUUAAUUGUUUUCAUAGCUCAAACAAAUGUUAAGUUUUACUGCAAUCAUUUCCCUUGUCUGAUGCCACAGUGAAGUGAAUACCAAGUUGCUUGACUUUUUUUGUAUGUUUUGUGAGUGCUCACUGUAGAGUAAACUGAAAUAAUGGCUACACCUUUAUGGGGAGCCAAGAAUACAGCAUGUACUGCUCCAUGUUGACCCUGUAAUGUGCAAGUCCAGAUGGGGUGAUAACAAUUAUCCAUUUCUGACUAUGACAAGGUGCAGCAGAUUCUCUUCUAUGAAGAUUCUGUGGCUGCUCAUUUAUCCAAAAUCUUGACAUCCGACCAACACUCAGUGGUCAUUUCAUCAGCCAAGUAAGUACUCCAGAGAUAGGUGGUAUAAAGAAGUCUGCUAUAUUAUGCAUGUUGGGAAAAUAAUUAUUGCUUAUCUGUUCUAUUUCACUUAGGGUGCUCUGUGAGACUGUGAAGGAUUUUGUGGCUCGAGUAGGGAAAGCCUAUGAGAAAGCACCAGAAAGCUCUGAGGAAUCAGAAGUCAUGGCAAGAAAGGUAUUUGGGGGGAAAGGAAAUUCAAAUCUCUCUCUCCCUCUCUCCCUCCCUCUCUCUCCAACCCACGCACACACACUUUAUACAAUUUCUAUAAAACUUUAUGCUUUGUACUUGUAGUGCUCUGUUUUGAAAGAGAAGCUCGACUCCCUUCUGAAAACACUGAAUGAAGAAUCUCAGGCUUUGUCAUCUUUGCCAAACCCGCCUCCUACCAUAGCAGAAGAGACAGAAGAUGGCGAUGGUUCAGGCAGUGCUUGUGAUUCUUCUAGUGAGCGUUCAGUAGGCUCCUCUUGCACUGCCCGUCCUCAGAUAUUUCGUCCACGUGAGCAAUUGAUGUUGAGAGCCAACAGUCUGAAAAAAGCUAUUCGUCAGAUUAUAGAGCAUGCAGAAAAAGGUAAGGACUAGAAAAUCCUGAGUGAGCCUCAACUGCUAUAUGAAAGGAAAUAUGCUACUGUAUUAUCAAGACAUGCAAGAAUUGGGAUUCAACUACUGCGUUUUUAAGUAGGCUGUAUAAUUCCUUCAAAAGUCAGGAAUGAAUUCUGUAGACUGUGUAGGAUUUUCACUAUGAAGCUGCCAUUUUUUCUGAUGUCAAAAGCUUUUCAGAAGUAAGAAAAAUAUUUAUCAGAUCACCUUUUUGAACAUGUUAGCUGACAGACCAUGUUCACCUGCCAUGCUAAGUCAUAAACCAGCAGCAUGGUAGUGCAUGCAGCAGAAUGACUCCCAUUUCACUCUGUUCAAAUUGGGAGUAAUAAACCAAGAGUUUAUUGUAACAUGUGAAUCAGUGCUUAUGGUUUUUUCUUUCUUUCAGACGUGCAUACAUACAUGCAUAAUUUUAUUUGUAUGCUGGCUUUCUGUAGCUAAAACCAUACUCUGUGGUUUUUUGGGGUCUAUUUUAUUUUAUUCUACAUAUUUGAAGUAUGUGUUUUAUGUGCUUCCUAUUUUGUUCCCUUUUGUUUCAUGAUGGUCAUUGACCUUAACAAUAAAUAUUUGAAAACUAAGGAACUGUAUUUCUAAGCUUGGCUUAGGACCAGGUUCACAUGACUUUUUCUGUCAUCACACAGAGGGUAAAUAAGCAGAAUAAAUCCUUUUGUUCCUUUAGUGUCCUUUAUUUGUUUUCCAUUUUUAGUAUCAAUUGUUUGGUUACCAAAUUCUUCUUGCAAAUAAAGGCAGGUCUUCUGGAAAUGGUUUGGUCACAUGAGAAAUAUAUCCUUGGAAGUGCAACCAUUGCACCUUUUUACACAUUGGUUGAACCAUUUUGAUUUUUAUUAGAAAGGUUCCUAUCUCCUGCAAGUCUUCCUUAUCUUCAUUCUUGAACAAAGAUGUAGUUUGUGGGCAGGAACUACAGUGUGAAAUGUGCAAGUCAGCUGAAUUACUCUAAAGUAAUCUUUUAUAUUGGUACAGUGGAACCUCAGUUGUCAAACGCUUCAGAAGCUGAACAAUUCGGAAGCCGAACACUGACAACCCACAAGUGAAUGCUUCCGUUUUCGAACGGACCUCGGAAGUUGAACGGCUUCAGAGGCAUAUUUCUCCAUUUUUUAAAAGGAAAUUGCUGACCAGCAAUUGUGCCUCAGUUGCCAAAUGUUUUGGAAGUCGAUUGGUCUUAUGAAACGGAUUGUGUUCAACAACCGAGGUUCCACUGUAGUUGCAGUAGUCAUUUGACUUCUGUUGUUUAUAAACAAUACUGAAGUUACAUUGUGACAUUGAAGUUGAGUGGAUCAUGAUGCACUUUCAUCAGAACAUGGGUUACAGAUGCUUUGCUGUGUAAAUUUUAUAUCCAAAUUUGUUAUCUAUGUUGAGAAAAGAUAUGUGAAUAGGAAGAAUUUUAAUACUUGUUCAUGGGUCUUUCCUAAAGAAGCUAUGUUUAUAACCGCUCUCUACAAAUAUACCUUGAUAACUCCACUUAGCAUUUUAUGGUGUGCCUAGACUGUCAGCAAUUUUCCAGUGUUGUCCCUGUCAGUUAGUAGAUUGUAAUCCAAGUGCUUUACUGAAACAUGGUAUGUUCCAAACAGUCUAAAGUUCUUUUGGUUUUUUACAUCAGGUGUUUUACAUCAGGUGUUGCAAAAAUGAGAUGAGCAGUGGCCUGUGUGUUUUGAUGUUUACAGAAUCUGGGAAAGCCAUUUGAAGAAGGUUUUAGGAUAAAAAUGUAAUAGUGUUGCUGUCUUCCACUUACCCAGUUCCCUCCCCGAGUGCAGUGUGAUACCUAGCAAGUCUGUCUGACUCUGUUACUGUUUUACUGUUUAGCUGUCGAUGAACAGAACGCUCAAACCCAAGAACAGGAGAGCUUCCUCUUGGGUCUCUCUACCGCUGAAGAGGGAAAGGACUUAAGGAAUGAAAAUAAAAUCUCCUUACAGUCUUCACACACUGGGAACUAUGGAUUUCCAAAAGGGAGGAGCCAUCGGAAAGGUAAAAACCUUAGUUAACCUUUGUUGAAGGCAGCAUCUUUAUAUGUGUCUUUCUGAAGCCUUCUGGGAAUUUGUUAUAUUUCCAUAGCCCUGGGUCUGAGAUCCUGCUCCAAGUGUUACACCAUACCUUAUCAGUUGGAUAGUGAGAUAAGCAAAGGAUGACAUACAUCUUUAAAUUCUCAGUUUUUAUGCUGUUUUAGCAAUAGAUCAUCUCAGCCUAGAGUUCCUGAACCAGCUUGUAGUUGUUGUUAUGACCUUGGGUAUAGGGCUAGGAGCUAAGCUAUUAGGAUCCAGGAUUUGCAGUACAUAGUUUAGUAUCAGCUGUUAAAAAGCUCAGCUGUGUUUCUCCCUGAAAUACUAUUUGACUCACAUUAUUCUGAAUAACCAUAAAUAAUUUUAAAAUGCAUUGGUCAGUAGGCCAAAGGAAGCUACAGAAGUUAGAAAAAGCUUCUUUUCAAAAGCAUCAAAAUUUCACAAAGUCUGUGGAAUUCUAAAUAUUUAUAACAAACUUAAGUAAUUAAUAGUUCUUUCAUAUGUCCCUUUGUUUCAUUAAAAGCAUAACAAUAUAGUUUCCAAAAGAACCCAUUAUUUAGUUUUUAAUAGAAGCUUGUCCUCAAUUCCAUAUACUUACAGAUCUCCUUGGACUUUCAGAUAUUUUAAUUAUGACAACGAUCUCUUAGAUUGAAUAUACAGUAUUUUAAUAUUGGCUUCAACAUCAUGAUGGGUCUUUCUUGGAACACUUUCAGUGCUGACUAGAAUAUGUUAGAAAAUAACAGAAGGGCACAGGAAAUCAUGGCAGAGAGAACUGCAUAGUAUUUGUUAAAGUUUCUUUUAUAUUUUGAACUGGGAGCACUUCAGAACAUCUUUAUUCCACCUAAGGCUUGUUCUUUGACUACAAUAUAAAAACCUUUAAAGAAUCUGCCCAGAUUAAGAGCACCUAGCUGAAAAUGUUGGUUUUCAUAGCACAAUUUGUAACUAACAAACAGUAUGGCCCACUAUAUCUAAGUUUUCUCUGUUCAUUGUUUCAUAGCAUUCUAAUGGUACCUGUGAUUUUUGUUGUAUUUUGUAGUUAUCAAGUCUCCUUGUGAAAGAUUAAUAAGUAAAGGAACUUUAUCAGUGGGAAGCUCUGCCUCUCUUCCUCCCCAGGCAGGAAAUCGGGAUAAUCUGCCAAUGCUGAAUGCAAAGAUCAUCUACCCCAGUGAGUGCAACAACACUCUUCCCGUCUAGCUAAACCAGAGAUGACCUCUUCUGGCACUGAGGACAUAACAUGGUUUUUCUGUAAUCCAUUACUGAUAAAUUAGCUCCUUCUACCACCCCAGAAAGGCAGGGGACACAUAACCAACUUUUGGGUCCUAGACUAGGUUAGCUGACUCUGCUCCCAGUUUGUUCCCUGCCUUGCCCAGUACAGCAUCCCUCUCUUUAUUAUUAUUAUUAUUUUAUUUAUAUUUUCAUUAUGUAUUAAAUGUAUAUACCGCCCUUCAUCCAAGGAUCACAGGGCAGUUUACAGUAUAAAAACACAAAAAUACAUAAUGUGAUAACAAACAACCAGUUAUCCCCCCUUUUGUUUAAAAGACCAUAGAUUCCCAGAGGGCUGGGAAUGUUUUCACCUGGUGCCUAAAGAUAUGUAAUGAAGGCACCAGGUGAGCCUCCCUGGGGAGAGCAUUCCACAAAUUGGGAGCCACUGCAGAAAAGGCCUGUUCUUGUGUUUCCACCUUCCGGACCUCUUGUGGAGGGGGCACACAAAUAAGUUCCUUUCCAUUUUUUUCUUUUUCUCUCAAACUUAACCCCUGCUUCUUUUAUGUCUGUCUUCCUCUGUUAGCCUGAGAUAUUUUUUCUGUAUCGUCUCCUUUUAUCUACUACUGGAAAAGGGGCAUGUAUGGUAAAGCUAAAGCCCAUCUGUGAGAACAAGUACGGAAUUAGGGUAUACUGCUUAAAACUUCCAGAUUUUCAAAAUCUUACUCCUAAGAUGAACUGAUCAUCACCAAGAAAGCUAAUUGUUGUUCAGAGGGAAACAAGUAAACAAGGUUUUGAACAAGAGCUAUGCUAUAUGAACAAUGAGGUCUGUUAUUCAUUAUUUAGAGGCACAUGUCAAUAACUGCAAGAUUGAAGCAAUAUUUACAAGCUCUGCUUUAUAGUGGCCCAUUUUACUUACAUCUCUGUUUUGGGACCACAUUCAUGCACUUCCAUAUAAAUUCUGAGGAUUUUCCUUAUAGGAGUUGGGAAGCUGAGUGGGUCCCACUUCAGAACAAAAUUUUGAGCAUAUUUUUCCUAGCUUUCUAACCAAACUAGACAUAAGUUUAAAUUUGUGUUUGCAUUUAAUAUGCAAUUAAAAAUGUGGAUAGCUCCUGAAGAGGGAAGGUGGCUGAUAAAUGUGGGUUGCAGCAUACAAGGAUUUUAGGUCAUUCGGGGGUUAACCCUUUCGUCCCUUUUGUGGUCUUGAAGAAUUUUUUUCAUUUGAAAUUGCUAUAUGUAUUGGGAGGAAAUCUACCAUUGGCACCAGCGGAGGAUCCCCCCCCCCCCAUAUUGCAUCAUGAAAAUUAUUUUUGUUGGGACCACAGUUGGAGAAGAAAGGGUUAAACUCCCCCUUCCCCAUGUACUGCCCAAUAAUUAUCAGCUGCUGCCAAUCUAAAUUUUUUUAAAAUAUGCAUGUUAAAUGUAAAAAACAUACGUAUUUAAUAUCACAUCUAGGUUGAUAACAUUAAAUCAAAAUAUAUGGUAGAGAAAGUUCUGUUUUUUCUCAGGCACACAUAAAUUGUUCAUAGGAAUUAGAAAACUUCUUUGCUUGAAUCUGCUUCUGUGUAGGAUUUAAGGACUAAGGCUGGAGUUACUCAUAGGUCUAAAUUCCUGUUUUUUCCUCAUUGUUCAGCAACAGUGAAAGUGUGAGAUAAUGUUUCAUGCUCCAGAAGUGACAUCCUGUUGAUUUUGGAGGUAAAAUAGAUCCUGUUUUGCCAAUUGAAAAUAUGCUGUGUCCUGUGUGCUUCAUAAACUCCUUGCAGCUUCCUGUAAGUUUUGUAUUCUGUUGACAGAUAUCCGUGCUGGGGCAUCUGGUUCUCUACCUGGAGGUUCUGUCAUCAGCCGGUUGUUGAUCAAUGCAGACCCGUUUAACUCUGAGCCAGAAAAUCUGUGAGUAUUCAAAUAAGAGUGAAGGGAAUUGAAUUCCCUUUUCCACUGUAUUACUGAGGAAUAAAUCAUUUUAACAGCAAGUGGAACGUUUUUCUUACAGUGUAGACAAGGCAAGACAGUCUCUACGAAGCUUGUCUAGUAUUUUGAUUUUGCAGAAAGUGGUAACACUGAAAGCAGCCCUGUUUUUUAAAAGAGAUGACUUCACUUACUAACAUGCUUAUCUGAAUUCUAGUAAAGUCUCCCUCCAUCAUGAUGGCUGGUCUCAUAUUAAACAUUAUGUGUGGGUUCUGUUCCAGUCCCCCACGAGCAUACACAAAACUGCCUAUAAUAGGGGGCAUCCUGGAGAGUCCUAGUGGCUCAUGAGGAGACCUUCCCCAGAGCCUCUUCGGGCUCCAAGGUGGGUCUCCUCACAAGCUGGAGGGACAGCAGGGCUUUGUGGAGCUGCUCAGCCUCACCACCUAACAGCUGACGUGAGGGAUAGCACAGCAACAGUUGCCACUUCCCUGCAUGUCAGUUGAGGAAGUCCUGUUGCCCCUCUGGCUUGUGUGGAGACCCUCCCCAGAGCCCAAAGAGGACACCUUCUUCACUAAUAGAGGACACAAAAUAGAGCGCAUGUAUAUGAGGAGUUGCCCGUAAUAUGUUUCAGGUUUUUUUAAGUGACAGAAACUGCUAGUUGUGAUGAGAAAGCUGGCUAUGUUCUUCUGAUCAUCUAGUUUCCCGCCUGCAAUGCAGGAAUAUGCAGCUGUCCCAUACGGGGAUCAAACCUGCAACCUUGGUAUUAUCAGCACCACACUCUAACCAACUGAGCUAUCCAGUUAUUUUUGUACCCAAGAAGGAAAUGGAAAGGAAUUUUAUUUUGCUUCUCUUUGUUUUAGGUUCUUGAGUCAUUUGUUAUUGAAAUAGGAGACAUAAUCCAGAGGCCCCCUCUGACAGGCUUUAUUCCUAGUGCACAGGUGGACAGCUCAUUCAUAUACAGUGGCCAUAUUGGGCACAGGGGCAUAUGGAGAAUGCUGAAAUAUCCCACCACUUUAAAUCAAAGGUGUCUCUCUUGCUCUUUAUAGUGAUUGUUACGUAGAGAAAUGUGUGAUGAAUAACUAUUUUGGAAUCGGACUGGAUGCAAAGAUCUCUUUGGACUUCAACAACAAGCGUGACGAGCAUCCAGAAAAGUGCAGGUAAUCAAUCAUUUGUGGAGCUGUUUUAUACAUUUUAAAAACCUGUAUCCUGUUGUGUCAACUACAGUUAUAAAUCUCCUUCACAUUUCAUCAAGCUACUUGACUGUGUCAAUGCACCAUUCAAUGGUAGCAUUUAACUAAAAAGAAAUGUCAGCAUACUGGAUAAUUUGUUUCUUCAUCUUCUUCAUAACAAGCAGGCUUUGAUAGGAACUGGAUGCAGCACUUUUAUUUCACAACUGCUUUGGCAGAUGUGCUUAUAAGGCCACUUUUACUUCUAAAGAACUGCAAACCAUAGGCUGAGCGCUUUGAUGAUUUGUGUUGCUAGGUCCAACAACAAAAAAUUCAAAGUUAUUUAUUUCCAGAGAAACCAAUUAUAAUUUACCACAUCUUUUGCUCCUUUAAUACUUCUUGCUGUAGGAUAGUGGAUAAAGUAUUUCAGUGUCUGGCUUUUGUUUUCUUUCAGGCAGCGAGGUUUCAUCUGAACAUCAUAGUAUAAAUUACAGUGCAAUUUGUGGUCCAUUGCACCACUUGAUUCUUUGCUUUCCAUUUUCAGAAGUCGUACGAAGAACAUGAUGUGGUACGGAGUUCUUGGAACAAAGGAGCUGCUACACAGAACUUACAAAAACUUAGAACAAAAAGUUUUGCUAGAGGUAAUGAGUAGCCCUUAACCUCCUUGGUUUAUGCAAACAUGGAAUUAUUUGUUUGCUAUCAUGCACCAUUAGCCUAACUUGUAUGAUUCAUGCUUCCCUGCUUCCUAACCCUAGAGCUUAGCUUCUGAGUUAUGACUUAUGAGUUAUUACAGGAUUUGUCUGCUAGCACAGCAACUUCACUGUUCUCUUACUAGUCUGAGCUGCUUUAAUUAAAUAAUUGAAUGGGUGUUAUUUAGCCUCUUGUUGCCUGGUUGUUUAACUUGCCCUGAUACUUCAUCAGCUGGGGCUCCCUGUUGCUUGUGAACUCUUCCCAGCUGUGUACCCACACACCCAAACCCCCAUACUGCAAUUAGGUUUUAAAAAUCCUUUCUAUUCGCUGCAAUAGGUUUCUUUCAAGUUUAAUUGUAAUGGUGGAGGAGCUGUUUUGACAGUGGUGGUCACAGCUGAGGAGGGGAGAAUUAAUUAUCCCUUUCCAGUUGUGAACCCCAGAUCACCUUACCCCAACUGUAGUUAGGUCUGAAAUAAGUCUUCUGUGGACUGCAAUCAAAAAGGGGUUUUUAAGUCUAAUUGUUGCAGGUGGAAGGUUCUUCUUGAAUAAUACAGCUGGGAAGGCAUGGAAUAACCACCCCCAGAUGCAAUUUCUAACAGUAUUCCCCCUUGCUCUGGUGGAACACUCUGUCACAAGAGACCAGGGCCCUGCGGGACUUGACAUCUUUCCGCAGGGCCUGCAAGACAGAGCUGUUCCACCAGGCCUUUGGCCAGGGCACAGCCUGACUCCCUCCCUCGGCAAUCUUCGCAGAGCUCUGGCCCAAUGGUUGCCAGUGGCUUGAAUUAAUGAAUUUUAUAAUGAAUGAUUUUAGAGUGUUGUUUAUGCUGUAUUUUUGUAUUGUUUUAUUGUUGUUAGCCGCCCUGAGCCCAGCUUCGGCUGGGGAGGGUGGGAUAUAAAUAAAAUUUAUUAUUAUUAUUUAUUAUUGCUAUUAAGCUUUAAAAAGCUUCCAAAUGCUCUAAAUAAAUACAUGCUUUUUUCAAGUCUAAUUGCUGGGGGGCAGGGGUGGUAUGUGUGGGCAUGUGCACUUUGUGUGUGUAUAUCCCUAUGCAUUGGGGGAGGUUUGGCCACACCCACUUUUGUCUAAGCAACAGAAGCCACUGUCACGCAGCCCUUGGAAGGCUGGCCAAGAGAAAACGAGGUCCUGUGUCUGAAAGAGGUUUCUCACCCUGAGAUAAACUCUAAUUAAUUGCUAAUCUCUUAAGCACUUUUAAAGGCAAGUAACCUACUGAUCCUUGAAACCUGUGGAAUCGUACACACUAUAUACAAUUUUAUUUAUAUCAUGCAGUGUGAUGGACGUCCAAUUCCUUUGCCCAGUCUUCAGGGAAUUGCCGUACUCAACAUUCCCAGCUAUGCAGGAGGCACCAACUUCUGGGGGGGCACAAAGGAAGAUGAUGUGAGUACUUUAAGUUUUUUGCAAAUGAAGGUGUCAUUCACCUUCCAUUUCUUCUUCUUUGUACCAAAAACCUUCAAAUGCAACCCUCGUAGCUAGAGGGAUUUAGAUACAUGUUUGUUUUAACAUGAGCGCCACAUUGUAAUGCUAUCUAUGGUGAUGGGCUGAGAUUGCACAAAUGUUUUUCUCCUGAGGAAUUGGUUGCACAAUUUUGCCCUAUAUGAAUAUAUAGUAAUUCAGUAUGUGUAAACCAUAUUCAAAUGUAACAUCCACAGAUGUCAUCAGAGUUGGGGCAGAUGAUCCUGGGAUGUACAGGCACACUCUCACUUGCCUCCACAAGAUGGGUCAGAUUGAGGGGAAUAUAUUCACCAGUCCAGCAAAGGUCUCCUGGUUUUUAAUGCUGAUAUGUUCGUUUGGUUGAUUUCCAGUGUCUGCUGAUUAUCUACUCCACUAUUAUUCUUCUCCACUAGGCAGCAACACUACUUGAUUUAUUACUAUACUAGCAGCAACUAGGUUGGGGUGUGGGAAGAGAGGGAUGCCAGGAGGAUAUAUAGCUGUAUCUUGCCCUGACAUUAUUGAGAAGCAAAGGAGGCCAUUAUAACUGAAGCUCAAGCUGGAUUAGUUUCUCUUUCUUUGUUUCUCUUAGACAUUUACAGCUCCUUCUUUCGAUGACAAGAUCCUGGAAGUGGUAGCAGUGUUUGGUAGUAUGCAAAUGGCUGUCUCACGUGUGAUUAACCUACAGCAUCACCGAAUUGCCCAGGUAUCUGUCAGGCACGGGAGUCAGGCAUAGGUCAGCAAUAAAACACCAGUGUCAGUGAAGAUAGCUCUUUAUUCAAAGAAACCAAAAGAGUGCAGGCUUGGUGAUCACAGCAACUCUUCCCAGUAGGACUUGCCCUAAGGAGGGAGUUGUGAGGACUGAAGGUCCCAGCCUUUCUACCGCUCCUUAAGACUCUUCCUCCCCCGGGUCUUUCCAAAGAAAUUUCAGGCUCCUUUAUCUAUUCUCUCAUUGCUCCACUCUCUUAAUUCCUCUAUGUGUUCUGGGAGACCAGAGGGGAGGGGAGCAGGAGGGAGAAAUUCCCUGGAUUCUUCAGCAGCCUGCCUCAUAUCUGUCUCCUGGCCCCCCUCCUCUCCUGCCUCUGAUUCUGGACUGAUCUCUGCCCCAGCCUCUUCCUGCUCACUAAACCCUGUUGCCUCUUCAGCUUCUGACACCACCUUCUCCUAGUCUGCCCCUUCUUCUCCCUCUGACCACUCAUUGUUGUCCCACCACCAGUUUCCUGGCUCUGAGCCUUCUUCCUCUAGGGUUCCCUUGUGGGUUCCCCUGCUGGUGACUCCCACCCUGCCUCUGCAUCCAGCCAGUCCAUGCUGCUUACUAUUCGGCUUGUGGUCCACAGGUGAUUUUGCACAUUACCUGUUUUUCUUUGAGAGAACCAAAAAGUUACUAUCUGUUCCAUAAAGUCUAUAGCCUAUAACUCUGCAUUCAGUGGUUGAUAUAGUUCAAGGCUAAUAAAGGCAGUGAUCAACAGCAUUCAGCAUAGACUGGUUUCUCUGUAUUGCACCGAGCUGGGUAGAACUUACAAAUUCAAAUUCUCAUCUAGCAGCACCAGAGGAAACAAGCUGGGGAAACUGUUAGUUACUGUGGGACACAGGGAGAUACUUGGGCUGCUGUAAACAAAACAUGACAUGCUGUAUGAUUUAGGAUACGUUUAACACAAGGAUUUCUCAUAGUGCCGGACAGUGAAGAUAGCAAUCUUGGGAGACGAAGGAGUUCCUGUGCAAGUUGAUGGAGAGGCCUGGAUCCAACCUCCAGGAUAUAUUUGGAUUGUUCAUAAAAACAGGGCACAGACACUAACCAGAGAUAGGGUAAGAGGAACCUUCUUAUACAUUGAGAGAUGAACCUGCCAAGCAAAAGAGAAAUCUGAGCUCCUCCACUCCAAGGCUGAUGUGGAAUAUCGUCAGUCCUGGACUCUGUGGUUGGGAGGGCUGCUCUUGUCAUCCUGCCAGUGGGCUUAGCCUGCUGUGUAAUACUGAGGGAGAGGACCCUGAUUGUGUGAUUCCCUUCCCAUGGAAGUGUAGAUGGAAACAGUUUUGCUAUGUUCUCACUUGGUAAUGGAAGCUUAUCUGUUCUCCCAGGCCUUUAAGGGAAAUUAGUGGAUGCUGUCUAAUAUUUUAGGAUUUUCCUGUAGUAUUUUAUUAAUGAUUGGUUUUAAGCAUUUCAUAUUAUUGUUCUUGAAUGUGAUAUAUUUGUGCUGAAUGGAAUAAGUUAUUUUAGAAACUACCCUGAAAUCACUACAUGUGAUGAAGGUUGGUCUAAAAAUCUGGUAAAUAAAAUCAUGAUAGAUUUUACAGAGAUGGGGGGAAAUGUUUCUCUGCAUGCAGAAAGCAUAAUAUAAAGAUAUCAGUUUCUCCUAAAUAAUCACGGAUGGCAUGGAAUAGUGAUAGCCUCCCUUCCUUUUUUCCAGGCAUUUGAGAGCACCCUAAAGUCCUGGGAAGACAAACAAAAAUGUGAGCUGCCCCGCCCUGCUUCUUUCUCCCUGCAUCCAGAGAUUAUAUCUGAAGAAGAGUCCACCCAGAUCAAUCAGUUUUGCCAAGCAGCAGGCACUCUGAUUCACAGGUGAGGCCAUUUUCUUUUCUUCUCGGGUUCAUUUGGAGGUGGUGGUGCCAGAAUGAGACAGCAGUCCAGAAAGUUUAUGCUAUUGCUUUCUUCACCUCUCCCCUUCCCACCCACAGCAUUCGGGAAAUAGCUCAGUCGUACCAGGACAUGGAACAAGAACUUGCUCAUGCAGUCAAUGCUAGCUCCAAGUCUAUGGACAAAGUAUAUGCCAAGUCCAAGUCUACAGAGGUAUGGGCGGGUUUCUCUUUGCCUGAACCCAACUUGUUCCUGUAGCUUGGGCUCUGUGACUAUUUUAUUUAGUUUUAUAUUGGUUUGGAGUUUCAGACUUCCAGUCCUUAUGCUUAUUGUCUUUCCACAGGGCCUGAGCUGCAACCUUGUUGUAGAGAUGGCGAAUAAUAUUAAAGCCCUGCAUAAUGAAACAGAACUGCUCCUGGCUGGCAAAAUGGCCCUGGUAAGGGAUAAAUAUUAGGAAAGGUGUUUGUUAGUUAUUUCUGUUACUUUUUUGCCCUUGCUGAGAACAUAAUUCUCCCUGUUUUUUCAAGUCCACAGCUAGGCACUCACACAGUUGACAGUGCCUUUACCUCCCUCAUCCAGUCCCUAAAUAUUGUUGUUUCCUAUUUCUGCAAUUUAGCAACAUUAGAUCCAUGGUUUUAUCUUCCAUGAUGCAGCCAGCACAUGCUAGAGCUCUUUAGAAGAAUAGAUACCAAUAUAGUCUAGAAAUAUAAUUCCAUUUGUCAGAAGAAAAAUAACAGCAGUAAUUUAGAAUAAUAGUUUGCCUGGAUAUUCAGUAAACAAAAAUGUGUUUCAUUGCUAACCCUUUUGGGCCGAGGGCACAUUUGCAAACCAUAGAAACUGUAUACACACCACACACACAUUGGAACCACAUGUAUUCCACCCAUUGCAAGAAGUUAGGUUCAAUGGGUGUGUAUUUUGCAAAAUGUAGUGUAGUGGAGGAGUGAUCUUCUUGGACAGUGCAGCUGAGAAGUCCAGAGUUAACCUUUCCUCCACUCCAAUCUCCAGGAAGAUCACACACCCUGCAACAAUUAGGCUUCUAUUGGAACAAAAGAAAGCUUCUUCCAAGCCUAAUUGUGGCAGAAGUGUCUUUUGUCCAGAAGAAGGGAUGACACCUGGGGAAGGGAAAGUCAAACCCAGCUGCUGCAGCAGCACCCCUCCACCCAGCAAAAUAAUAUCACCAUUGUAAUUGGGCUUGACAAAGUAGAAUGGGUUUUUUUAAAAAGCCAAAUUACAGCACGAGGACGUGUGUUAACAUUUGGACAAUCAUAUCCUGGCUAAGAUGUGAAUAAGGCUCCUUCAGUCCUUCCUUCACACAAGAUACAAUUAAGCUACAGUUCCUUGUUUCGUUUAAACCAGGAAACUAUAGUUACCAACUUUUGAACAAGCCUGAUCUUAAACCACAGUUUGAAGUUGGUAUAAAAUCCUGGCUAAUUGGAAUCUGGUAACCAUAUUUUCCCUUGUUUAGACAAAAUAGGAAAUUACAGUUAAUUAGGGACUCUCUGGUUGUCUUGAUAGUGGUUAGAUAGUUCUCCAUUAAGCUGUGCAGCUCUUAAGUGCACUUGUGUGCUUUAUUUCUGAUGCAGCAGUUGGAUCCCCCACAGAAGGAGCAGCUCCUAGCAGCGCUGGCAGAAAUGGACUUUCAUAUGAGGAAGCUAGCAGACAUUCCUUGGCUGUGGCAACUAAUGGAACCCAGUGAUGAAGAGGUAACAUCAGAUGAGGAGGGUAGAGCUAUUGGGAGCCUUUCGUUGUGAUUUGUUACUGGGAUAGCACAGGAAUGUGAGAGUAAUCGACUUGGUGCCUUCCUCUUUCAAAGCAUCAUGAGCUAAUCUGAAUAAGAUUAAUGUAACUAAAUUGAAUUAAACUUAAUUAGUUGAGAUGGCAAUUUUUCACUUCUCUCCUAAAAAAAACCUUACUCAUAGACAUUCCUUAUCAUGAAAUAUCUAUAUUGUUAUUCUCCCCGCCCUGCAGAACCAAAUGCUGGAUUAUUCUAAACGCAGCCGGAGCGGCAAAUUUCGUCUGGUGACAAAGUUUAAAAAGGAGAAGAACAACAAGAAUAAAGAAACUCGUAGCAGCUUGGGAUUGCCGGGUACCGCCAGUCUCUGUAUUUCCUCUUCGCCCUUCUUCACACAUGUAGCCAUAUGUGCACCUGCACAUCUGCGCCCCCACUAUAUGCAUAAACCCUUCUCUUCUGCCUCUCUCUGAACACUCCCUACUUCUCCUCCCACACUCUUUUGUGUUUGACCCUUUCAUUUAUUUUAUCAGGUAUCUAUUCCCAUAGCAGUAUUUUCCCCAAGCAAAAUAACACACUUGCUGGGUGUUCUCCUAGAAAAUGUACAGCACUAAAAUAUAUAAAAAUAACUGAGAACAUCCUUCAAAGAGACCUUCAGUGACUUUCAAAGGCAAUUCAUUCAAGGAUUUGUAGUUUUAGAUAGCAAAAGGACUGUGGAGCCCAAGUCCGCAUAACUCCAGAUCUCCCACUGCUAAUACUCACUGAUUUGGUUAAUGAUUUUCUCUCAUUGAUUCACUCUCAGUUUUCAAUCAAGUCCUCAUGUCUAAAUGUCUGGGAAUUCUGCAUCAUCACUGGUGCAUCCCUAGCUUUAAUCCUUAUCGAUUAGUAUGAUAUUAAAAAUAGCCCCUUGAAAUCAGUAAUUCAAAUGGUAUCAGAAUACUUCCUUUCCAGCUGGGUUAGUUGAUUUGUUGACUUCUAUUCUUUCUUAUGAAAACAUUCUGGCUUUUGCAUCUGUAAAUUCUGUUGGUUCUAUAGUGCUAAUAGUACCAUCCUCUCUCCCAUUAAUUUUGUGGCAUAUCUGUAUUCUCUCGCUUUCCUCUGGACUUUAAGGUUCUAUUUGCUCUUCUCUUAUUUCGAGGCUAGUGGAGAGGCUGUGUGUGAUCAUGACAAAACUUCUUUCCCUUUAGAGGAACAAAAAGGCUUUGCCACUGUGCCUAUAAGGGACGCAAAUGAGUUAGCUAACCAAGAAUAUGUGCAACAAGACUUACUGCCUUGAAAAGAAGUGACAAAAGUAUCAGGGUUUCUAUUUCCUUUAUUCAUGGGCAUGGCAUUAGGGAACAGAUGGGUUGGUUCUGACUAUUGUAUCUUGUCUUAAUAAGGUGUGUGUGUGUGUGUGUGUGUGUGUGUGUGUGUGUGUGUAUGAUCCCUUUCUCCGUGCAUGCAGUCCCUUCUCUUCUCCCUUCACAGCACACCAGAAUAAUAUACCCAAGUCUCCAGUUGACUGUAGCUUCUAACUAGGAAGCAUCUGUUCUAACCAGGAAACUAUAGUUACCAUCUCUGGAACAAGCCAGGAUCUGAACCAUAGUUUGAAAUUGGUUUAAAAUCCUGGCUUGUUCAAAAGCUGGUAGCCAUAGUUUCCCUGUUCGGUUUCCACAUUUAAUUCAUGUAUGCUACAAAGGAAGGGGAAGGGGCUAUAUUCAUGGACAAAAGACUUUUUCUUAUCCCAGCUUGUUAAGCUAAAAUAGAAUAACCGAAGCCACUACGGCCCAGGAUGACUGGAUAAAGGCAAACUUUUUAAAAAAAGUUAGUUUACAGAAAAGGCGAGUAACAGUGUACAAUAUUUGAUUAUACAUGAUGUGCAGAAAGUGGAUUCUAGAACUAAGGGUCACCUGAUGAAGCUGAGUGUUGAAAAAUUCAGGACAAACAAAAGGAAGUACUUCUUCACAUAGCACAACUACAGAGACCACUCCCACAUGAUGUACUGUAGACAUCAACUUUAAAAGAGGAUUAGACAAAUUCAUGGAGGAUGCCCCUGAAUACCUGUCUCUGGGAACCACAAGUGUGGAGAGUGCUGUUGCCCUCAGGUCCUGCUUGCAGGCUUCCCAUUCAUUUGCCCUUGUAAGAACAGGAUGCUGGACCAGAUGGACCUUUGACUUGAUCCAGCGGGGCUUUUCUUACUUUCUUGAGUCUAGUUCUGCUCCCCUUCUCCAUAUCUUAUACUAUAAUUCUGAGGUUUUUCUCCAUUUGGGCAUUGCGUUCCAUGCAGGUUAGGGGAGGAAGGCAUGGAAGAAGUUGCAUAAGCCUGAAACCAGGUUCUGUUUUCACUGUGCAUAAAAAAUCCAGGGUGUAUGUUUUUGUAUCAGUUUGAACAGACCCAAAGGUGCAGAGCACACAUUUUUAAAGAUGGGAUUUUGCACUAUUUAUAUGAAUGUCCAGAUUUGUCUUGUGGCAAACUGAUAUUCACCUUAGCUGAAUUACUUGAUAGUUUAGUGCACAUUCACACAUUUUAUCCUGUUAAGUUGCUGGUCAGACUGUGUGGCAAGCAUCCAUUCAAGCAUACUAUCAGUAGCAUAAAAUCAGUCCUAGGUAAAAACAGCUUCCACUACAUCCAGCCUCCAUUUAAAACCACGUCUUGGCUUGUAAUCUUGCUUCCUUUCUCUUGCUCUGGAAUUGUUGAAUCACUUGUCAUUCCUUCUACUGUGAGGUUUAGUAUUGUUUCCCCUUCUCUUUUUGAUCUACUUCGGUGUUUGCUGGUGAUCACCUUUUUUUCUCCUCUGGGCUUUUGGGUACUCAACACACUCCUGCUUUUCCAUCUCUGACAGUUCACCUCUGGGGAACGGAGGAGGUUGCGGCCUGGCUUGAGCACCUCAGUCUUUGUGAGUAUAAGGAUAUCUUCAUCCGGCAUGACGUCCGGGGCUCUGAGCUCCUGCAUCUUGAACGGAGAGACCUCAAGGUAUUUCAUGAGCGACUUACCAAGAAUAGCCAUCUGCAUUUGCAUGGCCGUCUGUGCUGACUGUGCUUGGAGCUGGUCUGCGUACUCUCCGUUCUAGGUGGCUUUAGACAGAGUAACAAGAGUAUUUUACAGCUGUGGGUUAGCAGGGUCAGAUCAGACAGGAAAACACUUCAUCCAGAACCCAAGCCUUUUAAAAUCCACAAACCAAGCCUUCUAAAGUUGUAGACAAGGCCUGCAGUUAAUCAUUGAAUUAUACGAUUUGAACUUCUGAAUACUGUUACUUGAAAGAUAUCAAUAUUCUGGCCUUCUUUCAUAAAUGUUUAUAUACAGUUUUGAGUGAACUGAGGAAAUACAUGGCAUUGGAGCCAGCAGUGUCUGCACUGGUGCAAUCUACGGCCAGUGUAUAGUUAAACUAUGGAACCCAAUCCCCCAGGAGGCAGUGGGGGCCACCAAUUUGGAUGGCUUUAAGAAAGGAUUGGAGAUAUUCAUGGAGCAUAAGGCUGUCAAUAGCUACUAGGCACAAUAGUCAUGUUCCACCCACUGUCAGAAGGAUUGUGCCUCUGAAUACAGUUGCUGUGAAUCACAGGUGGACAGAGUGCUAUUGUGCUCAGAGCCUGCUUGACCGUUCUGUUUGACCAAGCAUCUGUUUGACCCCUGUGAGAGCAGGAUGCUGGACUAGAUGGGCCGUUGGCUCCUCUUAUGUAGAACAGUUUCAGAUUGGAUGCAUGCAGAGUUCAACCAAACCUGCAUAAGCAGCAGGAUCCACACAGCAGCCCAGCACAACUGCUAAUGUGAUUUAUUGUUCCAGGAUCUGGAUGGUUUCAGGAAUUGUGUGGACCAUAUGCCUUGCAGUAUCAAAGUACCUUUUCAAGCUUUGCUUCCACUGCUUAUGAUCAAGCAGUGGCAGCAAAAACUGCAGACACAACUUUAGGCAAUACAACACUGGGUCCAUCGAAGCAUUCUUCUAAGCUUUAUCUAGCAUUGGGGAAAUGCUGUUUCUGCUAGAGGAGAUUAAUGUGAUGCCCUUCUGAUGUGGAAGUAGAACUGUCUAAUGGAAGAUGUGUGUAAUUACAAACUGUAUAUUUGUCAUGUGUCUCUGGUACAGGAGAAACUGUAUUUUAAAAUAGAUUUUCUGAAUUGUGGGUUGUGUUCAAUGUGGUUCCAAGGCUACAGUUCUGUCAACGCAAGGAUUUGUCCUUGUACAAUGGACUGUUGUCCCCCUUAAUCUGCUGCAGGAGUUCUCCCAACAUUCUGGAGCAGAUCCAGGAGUGGUGUGGGGGUGUGGUGUAGUCCUGUUGCAGUAGUGGUCAUCCUUGCGCUGACUGGACUGUUUAGUUGACUACUGCCCUGUGUUUUUGGUUGUGCUGGAUUUGUUUCUAAGAUUUGUGCAAAUCAUCAUAGCUAGUAACUGAGUUUUGCAUCUGUGAAUGUCUAUGGAUGAUUUUUGAAGCUUCGAGCUUAUUCCAUAAUUAUUUGCUACUUUGUCAAGCUCUAUGACCUUACUGCUUCGUGUUUGAGGUACUAGAUUUGUCAUGUUGUCGUUUAUCUCGAGUUCCAUUUUUAAUAUUCAGCUGCGUAGUAUUCUGCUCUUGACUAGCUCUUUGUGGGCUAAGAUUAUUAUUCGCAUUCUUUUUCAGGACCUAGGAGUGACCAAAGUGGGCCAUAUGAAGAGGAUAUUACAUGGGAUCAAGGAACUGAGCAGGAAUAUUCCUGCCAGCGAGGCUUAA